AUCCCUCCUCUUCUUCCCACCUCUUCAAAUUCAUUGGCUGCCGGAGGAGUAGCGACAAUGUUUAAUGCACCAUGCGGUGUCCGGAGUUCAGUCAGUGAGAGGAAGCGUUCAAUGUGCUUAGGACUGUUUUACGUGCGGGAAAUACUAAAGAACGACAGUGCGUACAUAUUCAAGAAAAGCACCCUCCUUUUUUGCCUGACAGCAGCGGAGAGACUUGUGGCAGAAUGCGGGGUUGUUGCUGACCACCUCCUCAGCAGCUGUCUCUCGAUUUCUCUCUCUAUGUGUGGACUUUGACGGAGGGGGGACACGGACAAGGACAAAAUGCCACACCGGGAAUCAGUGUCUCAGCGCUGUUUCGGGCAGGGAGCGAAAAACCCAAGCGCUUUUUGAAAAAAUAUCCAACUUUGGAUCUACCUUAGUACACAUCUGGAUUUUUCUCCUCUUCCUUCUUCUUCCUCCUCUUCCACGAACAGUUUUCCUUCCUGAUGAACGGUGACUCACUGCAGGCAGAAGGCGAGCCGCUGCAUCCUAAUCAGACAGCGGAGAGGACUUCAGCUCAUUGACAUUACAGUCAUACUUUUCUGGAGCACUUUUUUUUAUUUCCACUGCGCUGCACUGUAGCCUGAGCGUGCAUCGGGAGCUUGUGGCUUUUCUCCCCCUCGCACACACACAGAGGGAAAGAGGAUACGGGUGGUACCUACUCUGCUGUGGUUGUGGGGAUGAAACUCUCCUUGAACCCUCCUGGAACUGACUAUUUCCAUUUUACAGCUAUAUUUUCUGGACUAUUACGGCACUUUCCCUUGGUAAGUUCACAUUCUCACAUUAAUCUUUUAAGGGUCUCAUCUCUAAUUUCUCGGUCUGUUGCUCAUUUCCAAACGAUUUUUUUUUAUUCCUGUACCAUCCCUGUGCAUGCGAAUGCAACAGCUUCUCUCAAGGACCGUUGAAUCUUGCAGAGAGAGAGAGAGUGAGGGAGAGAGAGCAUCAUUGGAGAGAAUUACACGGCUGCGCCGAGAUGUUGGCAGCUCAUUUCCGAAUUUUUAUAAGGCUCAUUGUGAAUAUCCGGAUUAUGCGGAUUUGUUAAUGCGUGUAAGAGGCUCAUUUUAUACACACUUAUUUAAAUAGCCGCCACAAUAGGCCAUCUUUAGUUGUACGCCUGCAGUGUGACCAUAUUAUUAAAGUUGCCCUAUUACAGUUUCAUCAACAGUCUCGUAUUGUGUGAAUGGGCCAUUAUCACGCCAGGGUCAGGUCGUGCAUUGCACAUUCAGGGUACAUGAAAAGCUGCAUGCGUCUUGUGCUCCUAAUAGUGCAUGUGGUAAAUAUGCAACAUGAGGAGUCAUUACAUCCAUGUGUAUCGGGGCUGCGCUGAGCAUCUUCCCAAGGUUAACUAAUUGACAAGCUUCCCCCAUAAUUGUGGAGAUGAAUUACACAUGAGCCCUGUUUCAUUUUCAGCUCAGCGGUAGAUCUGAUGUCUCCCUGGCAGUAUGGCUUGUGCAGCUAAGUCUAUUUUUAUUUGGGUGACUAAUUGAAACAGACUUUAUAAUAAAUAUAUCUUCUUUUUCUGUUUUUUCCUCUUAGGUGGUAUGAGUGAACGCUUACAAUGACUAUUCUGUUUGGGGACUGGAUCGCGAUUAUUGCUCAGAUGAGUCUGGGCGCUCAGCUGAAUAUAAAUUAGGUGUUUGGCUCUACAGAUUGCUGGAAGAGGCAAAGGAAAAGGGAGACCGAGCAAAGACAAUCCACAAAGACAAAUGCCAAGGCCUCACAUGAUGAACAUGACUCUUUAUAUGAUCCCUAAUAAUAGAAAUACCACAUUUGGACAAGAAAUCAACAGGUCAAAGGAGGCAUAAAGACAACAGAUAAUAGCGGCUUUUACAGCGUGGGGAUGUAUCUUUCUAUUUUCUUUUUCCUACUCCUAUGGGCUCAAGCCCUGACAUUGAAAAACUUGAAUUACUCUGUCCCGGAGGAACAGGGUCCAGGGACAGUGAUUGGGAACAUUGCCAAAGAUGCCAGACUUGGACUGGAACAGACCGGGCAGGGAGGACAGGGUAAGAAAGCCAACUUCAGGGUGCUGGAGAACUCGGCUCCGCAUCUCAUCGACGUAGACCCCCAAAGCGGACUGUUGUACACAAAGCAGCGCAUCGACAGGGAAACAUUGUGUAAGAGAAACCCCAAGUGCCAGCUCUCCAUGGAGGUGUUUGCCAAUGACAAGGAGAUCUGCAUGAUCAAAAUAGAUAUUCAGGACAUUAAUGAUAAUUCACCAACUUUCCCCUCGGAUCAGAUCGAUAUUGACAUUUCUGAAAAUGCAGUGCCAGGGACACGCUUUCCUUUGACCAGUGCACAUGACCCUGAUGCAGGAGAAAAUGGCCUGAAAACCUAUCAAAUAACACGCGAUGACUACAAUCUCUUCUCCUUGGAGGUAAAAUCCCGAGGAGACGGGACCAAAUUCCCAGAGUUAGUUAUUCAAAGACCACUGGACCGAGAAGAACGGAGUCAUCACACCCUCAUUUUGUCAGCCACUGAUGGGGGGGAAUAUCCGAGGUCGGGUACCAUGCAGAUAAAUGUAAAAGUAAUUGAUUCAAAUGAUAACAGUCCCGUGUUUGAUCAGCCCUCUUAUGUUGUCGAAAUUCCUGAAAAUUCCCCUCCUGGAAAAGUUCUGAUCGAUUUAAACGCAACAGAUCCUGACGAGGGCAACAACGGACAAGUGGUCUAUUCUUUUAGUGGUUAUGCCCCAGAGAGAAUCCGAGAGCUCUUCUCCAUAGAUUCCAGGACAGGGGUCAUAAAGAUUCAAGGUGAAAUUGACUAUGAAGAGAGUCCAGUUAUUGAGAUUGACAUCCAGGCGAAGGAUCUGGGUCCCAAUCCAAUCCCAGGCCAUUGUAAAGUCACUGUUAAAGUGCUCGACAGGAAUGAUAACUGGCCAUCUAUAGGCUUUGUGUCAGUGAGACAGGGGGCCAUCAGCGAGGCAGCACCUCCAGGCACUGUCAUUGCUCUGGUUCGUGUCACAGACAAGGACUCAGGCAGGAAUGGGCAGCUUCAGUGCAGAGUGCUGGGUAAUGUCCCUUUUAAACUUGAGGAGAACUAUGAUAACUUCUAUACGGUGGUGACAGACAGACCCUUAGAUAGAGAGGUGCAGGACGAAUACAAUGUCACUAUUGUGGCAAAAGACAAUGGAAUUCCUCCCCUUAAUUCCACGAAAUCCUUCACUGUAAAGAUCCUGGAUGAGAACGACAAUGUUCCCCGCUUCACUAAAUCAGUUUACCUUCUUCAGAUACCCGAGAACAACAUUCCCGGGGAGUACCUCGGUUCAGUUCUUGCACACGAUCCAGACCUCGGCCAGAAUGGCACCGUGUACUACAGCAUAGUUAACUCCAACGUUAGUGGGGGGGAUGUCAACACCUAUGUGAAUGUCAACGCUGCAAAUGGAGCCAUCUAUGCUGUGAGAUCUUUCAACUAUGAGCAAAUUAAGUAUUUCGACUUCAAGGUUCUUGCUAAAGAUAAUGGAUCCCCGCACCUGGAGAGCAAUGCCACAGUGCGCAUCAGUGUUCUGGAUGUCAACGACAACAUCCCUGUCAUAGUUCUGCCCUUACUUCUAAAUGACACUGCUGAAAUCCAUGUGCCCCGCAAUGUUGGUGUAGGCUACAUUGUUACCACAGUGAGGGCGGUAGAUAAUGACUAUGGUGAGAGUGGGAGGCUCACCUAUGAAAUCUCGGAUGGCAACGAGGAGCAUCUCUUUGAAAUUGAUCCAGUGACAGGUGAAGUGCGAACAGCCCACCCAUUCUGGGAUGAUGUGAACCCAAUUGUGGAGUUGAUAAUCCGAGUUUCAGACCACGGCAAGCCGACUCUCACCGCAGCAGCCAGGCUCAUAAUCAAAGCCUCAGAUGGACGUCCUCCCGAUGGUCUACCGCGCACAAAGGACAAUCAGAACUGGGACAUGUCACUUCCUCUUAUUGUAACUCUCAGCAUCAUAUCCAUCAUGCUUCUGGCUGCUAUGGUGACCAUAGCAAUCAAGUGCAAGCGAGAAAACAAGGAAAUCCGCACCUAUAAUUGUCGCAUUGCAGAGUAUUCACACCCUCAACUGGGAAAAGGCAAGAAGAAGAAGAUUAACAAGAACGACAUCAUGCUGGUGCAGAGCGAGGUGGAGGAGCGGGAUGCCAUGAAUGUGAUGAAUGUGGUAAGCAGCCCUUCCUUGGCCACCUCUCCCAUGUACUUUGACUACCAGACACGCCUGCCACUCAGCUCACCAAGGUCAGAGGUCAUGUACCUCAAGCCCACUGCCAAUAACCUCAGCGUGCCCCAAGGCCACGUGGGAUGCCACACCAGCUUCACAGGCCCAGUCACCAGCACUACAGACACACCUACUAACCGCAUGUCCAUCAUACAGGUAAGAGAAAUUGCACUCCUCUCCUUCACUGUAUUGCCACCACUUUCACAUCACAACACUGAGAGCGCUCCUAUUUCCUAUAUCAACCCCACCCACCCCUGUUUUGUAAAAUAGAAGAAAGAGAAGAUAAGGACAGGCAGAAAGCAGAGAGGCCCAGAAGCACAGAGAGAAAAGAGGGGAGGAGAGGAGGAGGGGAGGGAGAGAGGCUGAGCAUUAGAAGGAUUAAACAGUCAUUCCAGUAUUCUCAUAGAACAGAGCCACUGACAUCAACACAAAUCAGUUGUGCUUGAAAUAUGUCACGGCAGGCUUUUGAGAUCCGUUUUCAUGUUGAAUUUUUUCAUUAAUCACUCUAUCACUGUCAUUUCCUUCCUGUGGGAUAAAACCAUUAGACUGUGGCUGUGAGUUAUAAGCAGGUACGGCUUCUUUAUUUGGUGUCAGAUAUUAACACAUCCCUAUCCGAGUCUACUUUUUCAAAAUAUAUACCCUCUUAUAUGCAGUAUUACAUUAACUAACCUGGAACAUCUACAAAGUCACAAUGAAGGUAAAUUCACACAAACUGUGACGGAUGCUUAUUUGCAUCUUAACAAGCUUGGUUUCAUUGCAUUACAUUAGUCAUAUUCCAUAGCUACUCGAGGUUGAUUCUAGUGAUUUUAAUUCCUAGAGAUUAGCUCACUGUACUUAUUUUUGCAGCCACUUUAAACGUCUUUGUCUUGAGUACUUUGGUGUAUAAGCCUCUAACCUGAUAACUUCUCUAUGUCUUUGGCCUUAAGCCCAUUAAAAGUCUGUCGUGUCAGACGAGGAUUAAGCCUGCCUCAGACAGCGGUAUGUAACCAUGGGGAUAAUGGCCAGUUGUAGCUAAAAGUGUAUUUUUGUCUGAUGUUUACUGCUUUCAUGAUUCUAAUGUAAUUUGAUAGCAGGAGUGAAAUGAUCUCAGUUAGCUUAACAAAGCGUUCUUUCAAUGGCCUUGUACAUUUUGGCAACAUUUCAGAGUUAGAUUUUCCCGUUACAUGCUGAUGGACUGUAAUUAUUAGCCUCUCAAUUAGGCUCUCUUGUGCCUUUUCAGUCCUACUUUUUGCACUGGAUGUGGAUGUGACGAUGACCGUGAUCAGAUCUGACGUGUUCCCACCAGGGAGGAAGGCCACUGUCUGUUGUUCCCACUCUCAGUCUCAGCCUUGCAUCUAUUAUGAGCCAGCUGCAAAGGGCAAGGGUCAGCACAGAGACCGUUAAGGUUUCCUAAUCAGAGGGACACAGUAAUUGCCUGACCAUUCUGCGGUCUGUUUCUCCGCUAAUGUAGUGAUGAUGAAUUAGUCAAUGUUGGGCCGUUGCACGCCCGUUUUGUGCUCUUAUUUUUCUCUCUCCCAUCAGAAUUUCAAAGGGAAAACAAGCAAGAGCAGCAACAACACAUUCCUUAGUGUCUUGUUUACAGAGGGUCCCCUGGAUGCAUCAGGCGUGCAGGGUGCUCUACUGUAUUAUUCAACAGAAACCUGUGUAGAGGGAGAUGGCCUGAGGCAUUAAGUUUCUUCAGAAGCUGUACAGGAGCGUAUCAUUUUCCUCCCUCCUCUCAGCUGCUGCCUCAUCUCUCCAACCGUGUGGACAGUAAGUAACCUGAGUCAGAGGAGAGUGGCUAUGGGAAAAAUGUCAGGAAACAAAGACAGAAUUCCCCGUCCAUCGAUCCCAAGGCCUUUCAGCCCAUCUGUCACUACUGUUGCCACGGGAGGAAGGGCUAAAUAGGAAAAAUAAAUAAAGAGAUGGAUAAAGCGUGAGAGCAUACCGCCUGCUCAGGCAGUUCCACAAGGGCACCUUAGUAGUGCUGUCUUCAUUUGAACCUACUGUAGCUUCCUGUAACUCCCAGUCUCUCCCCACAGUGCUGCCGGCCUCUAAUGAUGUUUUAUAGUGGUGCACUGGCAGACAGGCUGGGUUUGGUCUCUUGCUGGGAGAGGGGAAUAAUAUGACCAUAUCAGUAGAGCUCUGCUGGCCUUAUCAUUGUCACCAGCGUGCCAGCGCCUGGCCUGGUGGAGAGCUUCAUUUCAUUUCUAAAGAGAAUUCCUGGGAUAAGGAGAUGGAUGAUACGUAAUGAUGCCUAAUUCCGCUUAAGGCGUUGAAGGGAAUUACUUAGUGUGGAAUCAAGGUUAAAACCAAUCUGCUGCAGAAUUCCUCUCUGUUCAGGAAGAAGGGAUUUCAGUAAAUCGCUCCGAAGAGUGAGCCUGCGCCCACACGGUCUUGAAUAUGGUUUAGGAUUUUGCCCACAUAAUGUUCAGCUCCAGUUGCUGCGCCAGAGUGUGGCCCACCGACUGCUUCAUAACUUUCUCUGCUGCUCUCUGACUACUUUUUUUCCUUUCAAGCGGCCUUUAUUGUUACCAAACAUGCAAAGACUCCUGUGUCAUUACUUUUAAUUGGCCCAUAAUUUAUCAUAUUGAUUUGUUUUGAUAAGUUUCGAGUGUUGUAAUUUGAUUCACCAUGAAACUCUAAUUAAAAAGACUCCUGUCUCGAUGGGAGAGCAUCCAUGUUAAUAAGGUGCAGGUGGUUCUGAGGCAAAGGGGGAGUCUGGAAGGCUAGAGAGGCUGCCUGUAGGUGGCGACAUUCUGCCUUGUGUGGGGUGGCAUUGAAAUGAGGGUGUCAAGGAGAAAAGGGGCUCCUGACUCUGCUGACUUGACAUUGUCACUCUUCGAGAAAGCUGCUGCAGCUUUAACAGAAAGUGUCACGUAUGAAUAUGUAAAAUACACAUGGAAAACAGUAUAUUUGUGCUGGAGCUGCUGGCAUGAAAGUGUUUUUUGCAGUUGAUUUGAAUGACAAGGAUUUAAUUCAUCAAGCAGACACUGAAUCCUUGGUAUUAAAAAUGGCUUCACUUGGAUGAAAAUCAAAAAGUAAAGCAGUUCUUUGGUAACAAUUCAGGUAACGAUAAACCAAAAGCUUUGAAUAUAUCCUGAAAAUGACUUAAACCCGUUGGGUGAUUUGAAAAAAAUGGCGAAGAGAGCAGUUUGGAUCCAUAUCUGUGAUCAUUUAAGCAGCCUGGAUAAAAUCUAGGAGAUAAAUCGCUCACUACCUUGAUCUGUUUAAGUUAGGCAUAUGCAUUCAAACAAUGUACUUGGAGCAGAUGUUGAAACUGAAUGCUUCCAGGAAUGGUCUUACUCUGCAUAAUUUAAAGACAUUGUGUGUGCGUGUAUAUGUGUGUGUGUGUUUCUAAGUGUGUGGGGGUGUAACGUCAUUGUGUAUUCCAGGCAUGUGAUUUAAGCCUUUAGCUGGCAGGCUCCGUGACAGAGCCCCUCUCUUUUUUAUGAGCGGGACAAUCUUGCAUUUGUCCGAACCUUGAAACACCCUUCCUCCAAGAAAUGCACACACGCACACUAACACACACACACUAGCGCACAGAAACACGGGGAUGCACAUGUAACCAGGCUUUGGCUGUUUUUUAAGGAUCCUAGCGAAAAAGUCUUAUCAAAGCCUCUGCUGUAUAUUGUAUUGAAAUUGCUCCCACACUUCAGUGGCCACCGAGGCAAUGAAUUGAAAAGCGCUCUUUAUUUCAUUUCUCUCCCUCUCCCUUCAUCUUUAGAUAACUGCUUUCCUCUGGAGCUUUCUAUGGAAUGAAUUUGGUAAACCUGAAUGUAGCGAAAGCCCACUUCCAGACAGGACUGAGCAGCUCAGCCACACAAUCCACACACAGUCAUUUUAAGCAAUGACGGACAGUUCAAGAAGUCAUUUGUAAUUUGUUUAUUUUUGGUCCCCCAGUUGAGCUCCUCGGGGCCACUUGGCCAGAAAUGUUUUAUUUGAGCUUGCCAGUACAUCAAAAAAUGAUCAGCUCACCUUCGGGUGUAUCUUCAUAUUUCCUCAAAUAAACCUGCUGCUACUGUACAUAACACUACACGCUGGAAUACUGAAUUAUUAAUGGGCAGUUUUAUUUUUCUUCAUCUCCCUCAAGCUCAUAUGAUAGAUACAAGUCGGAGGAAGUGCAGUCAGACCACAAAAUCUUGCUCUGGGGGAAGAACAGCAAAUUAUUUUAUCUCCACAUAACCAAAAUAUAGAAACGUAGUUACUGGAUGUUUAGUUUAUUGGCUGCUAUUGCUGUGGCUGCUGUUUGCAGAGGAGCUUGUUGCACUACAGAUGCAUCAGUGUGUCUCGAAGCUGUUGCAGAAGUGUUAUACUCAGCACGAAAACAGCAUCUAUAUUUGCAUCCCCUUUCAUUAAUAAAUCAUAACGUUUAACAAAUCAGAGGGAAAGCGGAAGAUGUCACGAUAAACAUUAGAGGUCUCUGGCUACAUAUUUGCUAACAUAGCGGGGGGAAGAGGAGGGCAGGAACACGGUAAUUGGGAAACAGACGCUACUUGUUUUCUGAUAGAAGCAGAAUUAAGCAUUCGUUUACUUUCUGUAUUCUGAGUGCAACAAAGAGAGGAAGGAGGGAAGAAAGUGGAGAUAACUGCAGCAGGCUUUCUGUGCUGUAAUGGAGUUUUCAAGCAUGUAGACAGAGCCACUGUGUCCAUCUUUCAUCUUGAAGGUUUUCUUUAACUGCAGUUGUUCAGAAAAACUUAUCUUAGUCUUGAAGUUCUUCAGAGACUCACACGAUUAAUAGUUCAUUUUCAGAUGCAUAGCACCCCAAAGUUUUUGUUUAAGAUUGGAGGGAGUUGUUGGAGUAAAUGUAUUAUUCAUUGCGAGUUCUAAAAUGCCAAGUAACCAUGCUAAAUAAUUGAACGUAAAUCUAAGGCUUUGACUCUGCCUACCACCGGACACGGUGUCCUCUUGUAAAUCUAUACAAAAUCCAGUCAGGCUAAACUGCAGACAGAAACAGAUAGAUAUAAAUAGAAGAAGUGAUGGACAAAGAUGAAUGUAGAAACCGUAUUGGUCAGCCAUGAGGAAUCCUUUCAGCCAGCUGCUGUGCAUUCAUGUGGACACAGUGUGUUUUUGAGCUGCAUAAUUGCAUAAUUGAACCGACCUCCUGACCUGGCAAAGCAGGGCAACAAAGGAAUGGAGCUUUUUCUCAAGUGCAGAGAAAGAGGCAGGAUAUAAGGACACAAGCUGACCUUUGUGGUAGCCAGAUAGGCCGGAUACAUAAAUCCAAUUUACUUGGUCCAACAGGAAGGGCUGCACUGGAGAUGGCAUGGGCAUGAUAAAAAGACUGUACACUGUCAGGGAGCACUCACACUGGGAUUGUUGUGUCAUUAUGUGAGCAUGUUUGAUUGUGAGGAAAGUGCAUGAUCAAGACCUAACCUAGUAGAUCUAAAAACACCUAAUAUUGCAUGUCAGUUUUUUAUUGCCUGUCCUUUUCAUGGUUGUGCACGAAAGUUGAAUUGUCAUCCUGAAAAACCUGCAAGUUGCAAGUAUUGCAAGUGCAAGCAUGCAUCAGGGGGACCUGUGCAUUAUCUGAUCAUGCUCUUUCUUUUUUUAUUUUUUUUUAAGAAUAAAUGCUUUCAUACAGAAAAAAAACAAAAAAUUUGUUCCCCUACUACUACAACUUGAUGCAGCUCGAAUUGUGCUUGAAUGACUCAAGCACACAGAGCCAACCUAGCAUCAACAGAGGUCACAAGAAGAAGAAAACAAAACAUAACCUCCUCAGUGGAGGAAUCAGAUUCAGCUGUCGUGUCUAAGUGUGUGCAGGACUGUACACUUGUGCACACGCACAUACACACACACACACACACAUGCACCUGAGCUACCACCAGCUGUGCUCUGAAGCGCUAGUCUUGCUGGUUUUCUCAGAUUGGAAUGGGCUCCCCCGUAGUGGCCGCCUGCCCCCUGAGGGCUCUUAGAUCCCUCCUGGGGUCUUUAGACUUUAGCUCUUGGAGCAGCAGGGUGCUGGAGCUGCAGAGGUAGAUGAGUGUGUUUCAGAGUGACCUCCCAGUAAUGUAAGCUGAGAUGCACAGCGCACAGAAGGCUACAUAGGCAAACACGGCAUGGCGAUGUAUGCUUUGAACUGCCAGCAGCUGGGUCUCCUCGCUGUAAAUCAAACUCUUUCAAAGUCAAACAAAGUGGAACCCGUUCCGCUGUGUCUUGGCACGCGUCCAAUUCUGAGAGAGCUUUUUAUUUCUGCCACAUCUUCCCUCACUUUGCCCCCUAGGCAUGUGCUGUAGAAACAACACACAGCUCAAAGAAUGAGUUAUGUGAAUCUCUCCUCACCUUCUAUCUCAUUAGUCUAAGAGAAAUGAUUUAUCCCUUUCUCCCCUGGAUCCCUCUCUCCUUGUCCUUGCCUUCUACAGUUCAGCACUUCUCCAGCUUCAUCAGCAAUGUGAUGAAUUGAUUGGACGGAUAUACCAUGAGCACCACCUCAUUGCGUUAAUUUCACCUAACUACGUGUCAAAACAAGCCACUAUAAAACUCCCCCUUCUCCCUUACACAACGACUGCAGCACAUUACAGUUGUUCACUCCACAAACGACAAUGUGCCUCGCAAUCUUAGGCAUAAUUUCCCCAAACAGUGUAAUCCUGCCAGCGUAUUGUUUGCAUGUUGUGUGUGUCUCAAAGAAGAUCUGACACCCUAAUGGGAAAAGAUCCCACAGCCUCCUCUUCUCCGACUUAUAUCUGGAGCACAGUUUGAAAUCUGACUCCCGUGUCUGAAGCACUGUGUGUGUCUGAGGGGAAUUGACGGCCGCUGUGUUUUGCAGUGGCUGUUGUGUGUUUUGUGGCAACAGAGGCGAAAUGAGUCGGUCCUCUCAGAUGUUAUUGCCUAAACAAAAGGUCCGUUAAGUGGUGUGCACACGAGAUGUGUCCCCUGAAUGUUUGACUGUGUCUGCUCUUCAGGGUAGCAGUGGCUACACUGAGUGCUAAUGGCAAAUCAAAACUUCUGUAUUAGGCUGGUUUCAUCUUUUUCCAUUGUACGACACAAAUGUACUCAAUUGGCACCUCACUGCGUUUGUGUCUUAGAAAGAAAUCUUUCUGGGGCCUUUAGCAUUCAGAUCAAUUGCUGGUUUGCUGAGUUUCUUAUUGAUUUUUGCUCUGUUUGGUACUGAAAUACUGUAUUUCAUUAUCUAUCGCUCUGAGCAUUGCUUAGUAAAAAAAAAAAAAGAAUUUGUUCUCGCUCUCUCCCUCCCUUCAUCCUGCUCUCUUUUCUUUUUUUGGAUUCCCUUUCUUUCUCUCUGCUCUUGUCAUCUCAGAUAAGCGUUGCAAUUGCUCAUGUUACUGACGACCCAAGCCAAAUUCAUAAUGAUGAGAUUAUCUUGUCAACAGUACAGAGUGUAUAUGUCUGCCGUAUUGAUCCCCGCGCAGUCUUAAUAAAUGAAGUACCACGAUGGAAGCGUUGGCUCAAUGAUAACUCUGAACACAUCUUGGCUAUUUAUACACUCUCAACACUGCUGAGAUGAUGAAUGGAACUUGUGUAUUAUGCCCUUCUCUAUUCCCUUUUCCUCUCCUCUCUCCACCUCUCUGCUCUUCCACUUGCAGAUUGAUAGGGUAAAACAGCCCCCCUCUCUCUUUCUCUCUUUUUCCCCCCCACACACAUUGUUUGAAAUACGUCCUCUUUGAGGUCAUGCUGACAUGCUGAGUCGAUGUACUCCCAGGUGGAGAGACAUGGGUGCUGCUGUGGGAGGAACCAAUCAGAUAGACUACAGAGCGAGGGAGGGAGGGGGAGCAAAAGAGAGGAGGGGGGGAGAGAAAAAAUUCCCAGCAGCGCUGUAGCUCAGGCCUGUGUGUGUCUCUCUCUGAAUGACUGAGGUUUCAAGGGGAAGUUAUCUGUGUAUUUGAAGAGAAGGUCAGCAGGGUUUAGAGCUCGAGAUUAUGUGUGAUUGUUUCUUCCGUGGGCUAGCUGAUUAAUGCUAAAGCUGCUCUGACAGAUUCUUAAUGCACAAUAGACGCACUUAAAAGAGUCUGAGAGGAAGUGGCGUCCAACACUUUGACAACAGAGCAUUAUGCUAAAGCCUCUCCUGUCAGAUUUUACCCAGGUGCAGAGACAGCAUCCUUCCUUUCCUACUUCCCUCAGCCCCUCCCCUCUUCAAAAUCCUCUGACCCAAUACAUAUACAGUAGAUAGGUCACCUUGAAGUGAAAUUAGACAUAGUCCAUCUGCUGCUAGUGUGUGGGAGGAGAGAGAGGGAGCAGGGAAGAACGCAGGUGCGUGCGUGUGUUGUGCACUUGUGCAUGUAUUGAUAUCAGACAUAUGUGUGCAUGCGUCCUGUGUGUCUGUUUUGUGAGUUUUCUUUUAUCUGCGUCUGGCCUCGGCUCAGGGCUUUGGGGAAAUAUCUACAAUCCUUUCAUCCAUGGAACGCCUCUUCCUACAUCAAUUCAAAUGGAAUAAUUUUGGUCUUUAAUGUUUUUGUUUCCAAGCUCUCGGCUUCUGUCUUGUUAACUCGCACACAAGGCAACGUUUAGUGCAUGGUUAGUUUCAAAAGUAAAUUAGAGAAUGCUUGUUUCUUUGGUCUAAUACUUCAUAAGAGGACUUAAUAAUAACAUCAGUUGGAAGGCAUAGUAAACAUGUGCGCUUUUCGCAGCCUGAAAACAAGUUGAUGGUUUUUCACUUCAGUCUGCAAACACAUAUCACUUCCUUAUUAGUUUUUUAUCACUGUUGACACCUAAAUUAAUGUCACUUUGAAAACAAUGAGAGAGAUUUUUAUUCAGUCUAUUUGAUGGCUGCACUUUUAUUCUGCCGUUUGUGUUCUUACAUUGCCCUUUCAGUGGUAAUUCUUAACAGGAGGUUUUAAUAUACACAAACAUAUAGGAUUAUGUCUAGUAUUUGAAACAGACUUGAUAAAAAGACAUUUUCCUAUUCUACAUGAAAGAAUUAACCCCAUUUUUGCCAUUUUUAAAAAGUUACACCCAGCAGUUUGCAUACAAACUGUAAGCUUGGAGAAACCGCCAGCCGUGCUCUCACCAGGUUUUACAAAAUACCUGAAAGUUUUCCUAUGUUCUAUAUAUUUUAUCCAGCAUUAUGAGUGGAAAUAUUUCCAAUACAAGUCCAAGAAUUCCUUUUGGAAUUUCAUGAGUAUCUGUACAUUUGGUUUGGAGUUUCUCCCUGAAUAAGAAUUCUGCACCUGUGCUUGUCCCGAUGCAUGAUUACAUUCGUGCAGUCAUGUCUUAAAUGCCUUUGGAUUGCACACCUCUGCACCAGUGUUAGAUUUUUGGACUGCGCUGGCUUUGGAUUAAUGAGGGUGACACAAGGUCAGUGCUGACUCAACGCUUCAGUUAACGGCCAAGCUGUUGUAACUAUUGAUGAGCAAGUACAGAAUGAUUAGUGGCUUACAGAGAUCACAUCCAGUACCUUUUUUUUUUUUACUGCUUCGCUCACAGUUUCGACUGUGGAUAAAUAAUAAAACAUCAACUUAAGUCCUCUGUCUUCCUCUCCUCUUUCCCCUUCGCUUAAAAGCGGACAUAUUUUCCCUUCAUCAAUAAUCAUAAGAGUGAUCCCAGCUGUAAGCUACCAGACCAGCUGGUUGAAAUGUGUCAACACAAAGUCUCUCAAGUGAUGAGAGAAAACAACACUGCUAUUUCAGGAGUGCCGGCGAACCGCUGUGUUAGGGCUUUCUGUGUGUCAGAAUGAAUAUCUAUGCCAAAAGCAACAUUUAUCACUUACUCCUGGGGCUCAACUGCCACAGAUGUGGAUUGUGUUGAUAUGAGCACAAACACGGCGUCUUGUGUCGCCCCUCCUCUUCAGAGAGGGGAAACUUUCGUCUGAGCUGGCUUCAGAGACAGCAGCAGAGACUGAGUUGGCUGCUGAAUUGUUGUCAGUGUUUUUAUAUUUAUGAAAGACGAAGCUGGUAGGAGCUCCAGACAACCUGAAGCAAUACUGCGGGAGAUAAUUGCAAAUCUAACCGGUGCGAUUUGAAUGAUAAGUACUUCUUGCUCUUUUCAACUUGAGACCAUUAAAGAGUUUUUUUUUCUCACUUUUUCUAAGAGAGAUGGGGUCACAACCCAUUCCAGUCAGGCUCUUUUUGUCUAGUACAUUUAGAUUUUAGUGCUUUUGUACUUAAUGCACAGGUCCUGCUUAAUGAAUUUCAUGUCCAGUGUUGUUCCGACUGCCCACGCCAGCAGACUGCCUCAUUAUAUUGCGCCGCACACAGGUGUGACUGCACCUCAUAAUAAUGACUGUGGAAUGAAAAAUAUAUAUACACGCAGUCGCAGGCACCAGUUCAUUCACAUAUGUUUAUGCCAUUAAAUAUACAUACAUUCUGUCUCCAGUAAUGUUUCGCUGGAGGAGAUGAUGCAUUGUAAGUAGGAAUGAAUGCAUUAAGUCAUUUAAACGUCGUCUUCCUAGCUUGAUGCCACCAGGAUUAACAGUGGUGAAAGAAAUAUUGAUAUUUUGAUUACUGUUAGCCUGAAAUGCUGCUCAUAUGUUGCAUCUAAGCCAAAGUGCAGCCUCCUACUACAGCCAUAAUGUUUAAUAUUGUACAAUAUAUAGAGAGAGUAUAACUGCCUUGUAACCACCCAAUAGGAGCAAUAUGUAACCAGCAAAAGCAUGUAGACAAUUACCUGCAAGGACUGAAAGGCUGGUGGUGCUAGCUCUGUUACUGGUAGACACACUCAGCAAACCAAUGUAAUCCAGUGUCUAUCCAUAGUAGAUAAACUGUGCUUCAUUUUGACUGUGUUAUUCAUGUUUUCUUCACUUGGAACAUCCCUAAUUCUUGUAUUAUGUUGCUCAGUUAUGACAACACAAAAUUAUUCAUAAAAAACACUACGAGAGAAUCCUUGGCAGAUUUCUUAUAACAGAGGUGUGAUUUGCAGCUCAGGCUUCUUAUGGUUGGAAGUUGAGUGCAUAGAAAUUGGCCGAGUAUUCUGGCCACACAGACCUUCAGUAGUUGCCAAAACUAAUCUCACAUACUUGGGGAAGUAAAAUGCUCUUGAAAUCCAAACAUGUUGUCAUAGCACAACUCAAACUUGGUGUAAGAGUAGUGUUUGAUUAGUUAAAGGAGAUUGCAACAUUUAACCACUGGAUCAUCUGCAUUCUCCAUCUGGGUGGAAAUCUGUUUACUCUGCUCGUCCAAAGAAUUGACUUUUUUAUUUCAUCACAAAAUCCUGUUCAAAUAAGUCUUUUAUUCUGCUGCAAAGGUACAGGUUUGACCAAAGAAAUUAUCAUGCAUAACUCAGUUCAUUUGACUCCUAACUACAGUUGUGCUGUAAAAUGGGUCACUUAGUUUAAUCUGCCUCCAUUAAGAGGGGGAAAAAAUAAACUACUAUAUACAUACAUAUGUAUGUGUGUGUGUGCAUACGUUGACAGUCUCUGCUUUAGCAUCCAGCCUCAGUGUGUGUUUCCAAUGUAGCAGCUUAUUGUAAUCUUUCCCUCAGGGGAUGUUGGUCAACAUCAUAACACUUUAUGGGUAAUAUCCUUUUUAGUUAGAUAAGGAUGAUUCAUUUAAUAAUAGCUUCAUCAUCCCAUUAAUAAAUCAAUUACAUGCAUAGGCGUUCAAAAACUGGUGAUUAUAUAUUUUAUGUUAUUUCUAGUAAAGAGAUUAUUCUGUAUCACUAUACGCCUGUUAAGACAAACAUUCUGAGCCAUUUUGGGGAUGCAGGAUUCAGUUUAGUCCAUCAUUUCAUUUUCCAUGCAUCAUAAAACAGGCAAGGCUGUAAGAUCCCAAGCACCUGUAAUGGUACAUUUGUGUGUGUUUCUGUGUGUGUGUGUGUGUGUGUUAGAGAGAGAGAGAGAGAGAGAGAGUAAGAGAGAGAAAAACAAGUUCAAGGAUACACACUCUCUCAGGAGGUUUGCAUUUUAUUAUUCUCUACGUGAGUUGAUUCUCAAGACGAUAAUGAUGGGCUUAAGGAUAGAGUUUAACAAUGCUUUGUUGACCAUCUCUCAGAGGCUGGGUCUGUUUAUCCCUGGGAGUGUUUUUUCAUGCUCUUUAGGAGUAAUUUGAUCCACAAAAAAUUAAAUGACAAACACUUGUAAGAAGGAUGAAUGAGCCAUACAAAAGUAGAAAAUUGAAAAAGGCACGAGUAUGGACUUUUUCACAGCUGUUGCUCUGAAGGGCGGAUGUGCCUAUACUGCUGGCAUAUAUGAAAACAACCUUCUAAAUGAAACCAAAGCAGUCAUUUGUAGACAGAGGGGGAAAUUAUAUCAAUCCUCAGUUGGGCUUUUCCUCAAAAGGAAUAUUAAAGCAGCAGUAACCACACAGGUUGAAAGAAAGCAGCUUUGAAGUUGUGUUUUUGUCUCAUCUAUCUUGAUGAAGGGAGGUGCAGGAAAGACCUCUCAGUACCCUCCCUCUGCACUGCGAACCCCUUCUUUUGCUUUCACCUGUUUAUAAUUUCAGCCCCCCACUUAUCAUGUGGUUUGAAUAACAAGUCAACACUUUGAUUUGCACAGCAUUUUAUCACAAUAGAAAGUUGUUUAUUAGGCUGAGAGUGACUGAAAUACCAGUAGUUGCGCUUCCAGUGUAUCUUCCUGCUUUCCAAUGCAUCCCUAAUGACACUGUAUGGUCAACCAGAAUAAUAGAUAAUCAAUGCGAGUGGUUGCACAUUAACCAUUCGUAUUGUUUCUUUGCUGUUGAGCUGUGAACAUGCAAAGGAGAGGUCAUGCUGAUUAUGCAACUGUAAAUAAAAGCCUCCAAAGUGCUACUUAGCCCUAUUUAAUAAAGGGAAAAAAACACUAUCCCCCACCAAAUUUGCACAUACACACACAAAUAAAUAAUAAAAGGGAUGUGGUUCUGUCAUGAAUUAUGAAUUACGGCAAACCCUGAUUAGCACGAUGAGACUAUUGAGCUGGGUUUUAGCUGCCUGAGUCCCCAGCCUCAUAAUAAAACAUCAAUUUGACAAAAAGCCUUGCAGCAGUGCCAUUUAAAAAAAAAAAAAUGGAGAAAAUAACAACGUGGACACGAUAUUUCAAGAAUGUGGCAGCUCCAACACAUGCACAUGUUGGUGACUGAACUCACCUUGAGUUGUAUUAGAUUUGUGGUACUAAAGUCAAGUUCAACACAAUUAGAGAAAAGAUGGAGAGGAGUGAGUGUCGGCAGGCGAGAGACUUGAAUUGACUGAUCACCGGCUGGGACAAAUAAUCAAUACCCUCUGAAACAGUCUGUAGUUGUAAGUUAUCUCACACUGGCACUAAUUUCACAGCAUGUUGCUCUGCUCAACUGAAGCAUUUCCUGUCGGUAUCUCUGAAACAUCUCUCGUCAUUUACACUGAAAUGUUAAAUACUGAUGAAUUAAACGUUUAGCGUUUUGUAACACCAGGUAGGAACGCACUCAUGUGUUUAAUGCUGAUUUACACUGCUUUGCCAACCAAACUUAAAGCCCAACUCACUCAAAGUGCCAACUCAAUCAUUCAUGCGACAGGUGUGGCAACUUUACAAACAUUAGUUAAAAAUCAGCUGCAUUUGGGCAGGCAUCUCACUGCGGCAAAUAAGUCUGCACAAAACACUGCUGCAGGGGCUUAUUUCUCUUUCCUCUUCUGCAGUCUGACAAGCAAAGAGCAUAAAAGUCAGUCAAGACUGCGACUGGACUUUGUACCACCAAGAUAACAAGCAACAGGAGAUUAUACAUCUUGCAUCUUCACAUAUUCACAUAAUGAGGGCUGUAGCUCUGCACAGAAUGUAAAGUUGUAUAUACACCGUGAUUUUGCAGUCAGGGAUCAGUAUGUCUAAAAAAAACAAGCUCAGAACUUUUUCUAAUAAAUAUUGAAAAACAAUGACGUUGGCCAUAAAUCCUGCUGUCAGACAGGAAAAGAAAGUAAAGGAUAGAUUGUAAGUUUUUCAGCUGAAACUCGCAGCUCUAUGUGAGGAAUCUGUGUGGUUCAGAUGUAUAACUCAACAGAUGUGGUGGAAUUGCCUCCAUGCCUGUUUUUUUCUUUUUUUUCUUCUUUAAAACAGAAACAUUUUUCUAAAGUUUAACCAGCAGUUUGUGGAGCCAGCAUGCACAAUUUCAGCUGCAUCACAUGUCACACUGCUGCUCUUUUUCAUGCUUAGGAAACGCUAGUUAAAUACGAUUUUUAACCUUUGUUUGCUAGAAUUGUUCAGCGGUACACCUGGGAAUUGUCCAAGUGCUUUUGUUGAGAGAGUGGAGUUGACUCCUGCAUUGCAGCCAGCAGUAUGUUAAUACAGGAGUACAGAGCUCAUUUUUCUCUUUCAUUUAUAAUUCUUAGCAGAACAAGAACCUUUUGUUGGAAGAGCUUGUGGACCGGUGUAUGGGCUGUGUUGUUUUUAUCUGUCCUGCAGCAUUUUUAUAAUUCAAGCUUUGAAAACAGACCACAAAUUAUAUGGUAAAACCUCAAAUGAUGAAAAGUAACAACAUAGAAAUGCCAGACAAAGUCAGACCAAUUACAUUCUUAAAAAGGAUUUUUGGUGGAAGACUUAGAAAAGACAAGCACAGAGGAAUAUUUUCCUCUUUGAACAUAGUAUGAAAAAACUACUCUUUAAUACUAUCACAAACUAAACUGAGAAAAUCAAGGCUGGUACUUAUGCAGAUAUUAACAGCUUAGCAGGAAGCGAAUUGUUCAUUUUUUCAUAGUGCUUUUGAUGUGUUUUACCUUGUUGCUGGUAGUUUAUCCUUAUUCCUCCUUGGGGGUCCCUCUCAAAUAGGGGUGUCCCGAUAAGAUAGUGAGAUCGGAUAUCGGUCCGAUAUCAACAAAAAAUCAAAUAUUGGAUUAUAUCGGCCUGCAUCUAAAAUCUCCGAUAUCAGUACUCGAUAUCCGCUCCAGCACCUCUAUCUAGCAGCACCCAGAUCAAGCAUUCAGAGCCCAUGUAAUCACAAUAACUGUGUGUACUAAGGUAUGACCACAAAGUACCAAGGAGUAGGAGUGAUGUCGGCCCUGUGGCAGUAUUUUUCAUUAAAGUCUGAAUAAGACAUUGCAGCUGAGUGCAAAACUUGUCAUGCACAAGUUUGUGUUAAUAUCAGUUCAAUAUCGGUAUCGGCCGAUAUUGAAGGCUUCAAUAUCGGUAUCGUAUCAGAGUUAAAAAAGGUCUAUCGGGACACCCUUACUCUCAAAAUGUCAACUGCUCAUCUCUCUCAAAGAUGGUGAACUAAUAUGUAUACAUGGGACUAUAAAAACACACCAUAGUUUGUCCAACAGGUGACCUCUACUGCCCAAAAAACCACCUGUCUGAAUCAGCUCUUAGGUAAAUAAGCACGUCACCAUUCAAUGAAGGAACACAGCAGAUAUAUACUGGUUUGGUGUGACAUUUGUAAAUGGGCUAAUGUCUGUCAACAGGUUAAAUAUUUCCUGGGACCAAUGCGUACCACUGAGGUGGCAGGGGUUGAAAUCUUUCUUGUCUCCUUUAACGACAUGAGCCGCACUUCCUAACUCGUCUGAAAGUCAUUUGAACUGGACCUUUAGUAAGUUAUUCGGGAGAUAGUGGAUAUUUAGCAGGCAGUCGACUGUGAUGGCUUUAAGUUCACUUAAGCCCCAUGAUUGAUUGGUCUGUUAUCUGCAGGAAGAUGUAUAGGAGCGGCUAAUUAGAUUUGAUCACUUACAAUUGCUCCUCAGCCACUGGGUAAUCAAUGCAGUCUAAUUAUUGUCUGGAUUCCCCGCCCCCUUUUUCCUUUUACUUCCUUUAUCAGCCUCUCACUUUACUGUUUUGAUCUCCCUUUCCUUUAUUUUUGUCCUUUAUUUCCUGCCUUUUUUUUUUUUUUUUUUUUGCUGCAUCCCUUUUCACCACUGGGUUUUCUUUCCUCUGAGCUCAAUUUCAAUCUGUUUUAUCCUUUUCCCCAUUCUUCCCGUUUGGCUGCUGCUGAGCUACAUUGACAGUUAUCCAAGAGGAAUAAGCUAGAGUUCCCCUGUUGGUAACGUCUCAAACACACACACACAAACACACAUUUACGCACACAAUACAGACGUAGUUUAUUAAAUUAAAAACAGCCGACCAGAUCUGCAUGAUGGAACACAAGCACUCACUUACACACACACACACACACACACACUGAGCAGCAUGUGUGUUUUUGGCAGACAGUAAAGGACAAAUGCAUGUAUCAUACCUUGCAGGGAGGGAAGGGGUGGGGGUGUGUGCUCUUCUUCCUGUGAAUAAAAGAGAGGUGUCCAAUGAUGUGUGAAAGAGAAGCUGCUAUUUGUCCUCUCCUACCACCCCUACCUCAGAUAUCAAAACACACACGUACACACAAACACAGCUCAGUAGAAAUGAAGUGUCCCAAAAUGCACCAACAAGAACCGAGAAUAGAAACGCUCUCCAAUAUUCCCGUCCCAUUUGUCUCAAUCGGGCUGCUGUCUGCUCGGUCAGUCUUAGGGUCCCAAUGGGAAUACAGAACAGAGUGCAGCUUUUUACACUUACUCAGCCUCACCAUACUCAGUAUCUCUCUGACCUUUGUGGCCUUGCUGCAUUGGACGAGAUACAACACAUCAUUCGCAGCGCAAUCCAACAACAUGCCCCUUCAAUCCUCGGCCAAUCAGACUGACCUCAGAUGAUAUCUACAUGAAGCAAACUGACCUCAGAUGGCGAGUUUCAUUUGGUUUUCAAUGGGUUCAGUACAUCUCUGAACCUUAAAGGUCAAAGACUCAUAAAUUCGGUCAAUACCCAAGUCUGAUUAUGAAACCCAAAAGGGCAAAUAUACAGAUGCUGAAGUCAGUCGGUUCAGUUUAGACUGUGUCAGUUCAGUUUGGCUCAGUUCACUCCGUGUGAGUUCAGUUUAGGUCAAGUGCUGCAAAGAGAAAUUACAAUGCAAAUUGCGCAGGUGUGAUAGAAAUUGUCUGAAAGCAGAGAAUAAUGGAGAAUAAUGAAUUUAUCACCGAGAGAUAGUGAGGCAGAACUUAAAUGAAAGUUGCGAAUCGCUCUCCUGUCUUAUCGAAUACAGACUAAACCGCCUUUUCUAUAGUGCUCUCGAGGACAAAGAGAGGAUGUAAGGAAUGUACGUUCUGAGUACAUGUCUUCUGAAACAUUUGUAUCUAGGCAGAGAGCCAAAAAACGUCCAAGAGAUAUGAUAACAGGAAGCCCGUACACAUCAGGACAGUAAUGUUUCCUUUAAGCAAGGACACAAGAGACAUCACACAUCUGUUUGUCGUUUGGAAAGCCUCGCCUCGCUCCUGGAAAAACCCAACAAACACAGAUUUAAAACAAAACAGAUCUGGAUUAAAACGAUUCAGCAGCGACUUCAUCUUCCCCCUCACACAGGAAGGCAAAGCAAUGAUACCUGCUCUGCUAAUUUAAUUUAUGUACUCCAUGACACACUGUCUAAUAAUGAUAAUAAAGCAACUGGACAUCUUACAAGAAUUUAUCACCACCCCUGAAUUAUCUCGUAUUCAUUGUGGGCUCUGACUGGCUAAGUACAAAGCAGCCCAUACUGGCUAUUAUCGAUCCAUUAAUUGGAAAGUGGCCCAUUGUAGUGCACAGGCUGGGCAGUAUGGACAGACAGGAAGAGAUGGAGGCUUAAGAUCAGGCUGGACUCUAAUUGGCAGGAAAGAGGUUUCUAUGAAGUGGUGUAAUGUGCUUUUUAUUGGCUUGUAAGGGGGGAGAGGAUGGGAGGAUGUAGCAUACGUGCUACUUUAAGUGCAACAAGCAUAUAUUUACUUUCUUUCUGUUAAGUUGGACUACAAUCAGGAAUACUAUUGAACUAUUGUUGAAGUGUACUCUAAGUGCUUUUUCAGUGGUUAUCAUAAACCGUUUUAUGUGAUCUUUUUCAUUCAUUAAAAAACGUUUGCAUGCACAGUUUUGCAUAUUUGUUCUACUACAUGGACACACAAAGCAUUAAGUCCUUUUGGAAUAAAAACCAUUUUUAUGUCCUUCCACCCUGAUCUGAUUUAGUGCCAACGCAGCUGAAUAUACUGAAAGUAUGUUCAAGGACAUGUCCCUGGUCAUAAAAGUACAGAAGGGGCACAUCAAUAUAAAGGCUUCCAUCUCUCCUUUUUCAUUGAAAAGCUCUGGCUGUUAUCAUUUCAAUGCCAAAGUAUCUCAAACAUUCACUCUUUUUUACUCCGUGGUCAGAUUCCUUUUGAUAUAUUUCGUGGGUGUUUUCUGUUAAUCUCAGCGAAGGCUGAAGUGCAAUCGAGUGUUUAGGUGCGGAUAAAGGUGUUGGCAGAAGCAUGGAAGGUCAAAGUACUGAGGUGGCCUGUCUGACCUUCACACACGCUGCCUCAUACUGAGCCACCGCAGAGCACGGAUGACAUUGAAAUACUCUAUCGACUGAGAGUCAAGCUGUGCAUGUGAAAAAGCCUGGCACAAGGAGACAUUACUCACUAAACAUGACAUUUUACGGCUAUCAAUUCAGGGGCUGAGAGUUGUGUGCUACAUAGGGGUAAUUAUUUGUGUUACUAUGAUGAAUACCACUACAACAGUAAGAAAGCCAUUCCUCUUUAAGGCGUUCGUUUUUUCCUCUACCUACCUCUGCACAACAGGGACUUUGAGAUAUUCCUGUAAUAAUUUAGACCAAAUAUAAACACAUUAGUUACCGCCUCCCCGUGUUCCUGCAGUGAGGUCUGCACACCUGAGUGCUUUUACAUUUGCUAUCUUAUAUUAAGCUACAUUGACGUACGUUUAUAAAAAUGCCACAAAGAAACUGGGGUCUCUGCGAUCUUUAAAUUCACUGUCAUGAUUAAAAACUGCAACACGCCAUGCAUUGACAUAAUUAACUAGAGAGAGGCAGACUGGGAAAGAGAGUUUCCAGUGCCGCUGUGAUUGAUCCAGUCUGUAAUGCACUGCUGCGUAUAGUGUGGAGGAUUGAAGAGUGUGCAGAGCAAGGUUUGAAGGAGUAAUACAUUAAACUUACUGUAUUUUCCCAUACAUGCCAUACUGUUUUUUUUGUGUGUCUGUAUAUGUUACACCUCAGCGUGUCGGUGUGAUUUUAUCCGUAUCGAUCCACAUAGCAUAAAGCCCCCCGUGCACGUUCAGGGAGCGCCCAUAUCAACUAAACGCCAGAUGGCUCAACUAGUACAAGCCUCCAUUCCUCGCUAACAAUUUGUGGAAAUUUAGAAGUGUUGACGCUAAGAAAGUCGACAGUUUUUCACAGAAAUGUUGUUAAAAGCAGGAGAAAAUGGCAUUUUAAUUUCCGUACAAAAUGUGCUGUUAUUUAGUUGCUAAUAUUUAGCUAACACUUCAACACACUAAGUGCAAAGUUUUCUCUGCUCAUCAGGACUAUUGUCCCAGCAGUUAUUGAUUACAUUAUGCCUGCCAGAUUUGAUGCUCAGCUCUGUGGUUUACUCUCAAAUGGCUAAUUAGCCUUCUUUAUGUGGUUAAUGAAAUGCUCAAACCUAAACGCUGUGGAGCUCACAUCCCCCAGUCUUUUUAUUUGCCCCCUGCUCUGUCCUUUACCACAUUUUCUUUCCGCAUAAUUAAUCAUAUGUCACCGGGAGAUCUUGUUUCACAGCACGAUUUAUUUCGGUAGAGCCCACUACAUGUUUUUUUCUCUUUCUCUCUCCUCUACAGACGGACAAUUUCCCCACUGAGCCUAAUUAUAUGGGUAGCAGACAACAGUUUGUCCAGAGGUAAGAGAUGGGAUCCAUAACCGUCACUGCAACUCAAACCUUUGUUUUCUUUUCUCCAAUAGUCCUAACACAGUGCUAUAAUAUAAACAGUAAGUAAACUGACAAUUAAUUGUGAAGGGAGGUAAAGGCACAUACACUUAAGUAGGUCUUAAAGUGGUCACCAACGUCAUUUUCUUUCUUACAUAAUAUAUGAUCACCAGUUUUUCUAUCUUGAAUCUUUGUUAGCAGACUGCAAUAUUUCAUGAAGCAUUUGAUCAAACCUUUAAUAUGUUUGUUAUCUUGUUUUUAUCAAGCAUUCAGGGCUGCUCAUUAAUCUUUCAUCAUGUCUCUGAACUUCUACUGGGGGGAGUCUAAAAAAGGAGGCCAUAUAUUGUGUAUUAAAUCUCUUUUCCCUUUUUUUUUUUUCUUUUCCUUUUUUGUUGUUGUUUGUUCAGUAGUUCGACAUUUAAAGACCCGGAGCGAGCCAGUCUGAGAGACAGCGGCCAUGGGGACAGCGACCAGGCCGACAGCGACCAGGACACCAACAAAGGCUCCUGCUGUGACAUGUCUGCAAAAGAGGCACUCAAGCUAAAGGCCACGGGUGUGAAACCACCACCUCUGGAGCAAGGUGAGCCCCUUUUUUUUUUUUCAGCUUUGACUGCAUGAGAAAUGAAAGAUUGCCAAACACACUUAGACCAAAUGACUAUCAAUCCGCUCGGUGUGCUGAAGUUAUUUGUAUUAACGAUUGAGCUCCUGACUUGCCUGAAUGCUCACAAUCUGAACCUCUACUCGACUACUUUAUUCCCCUUUACUUUGUUCUCUGCACUUUUCUCAUUUAAUGUGAGUGUAUGUCUAUGUGUGGUGUGUUCGAGGGUGUGAGCAAGUGCGCAUUCCAUACACGUCCUCAGUUUAUCAAAGCAGACAAGCCCAUUAUGUUUUUAUAAGCCCAACUACUUCAGCCUCUCCAUUUAGUCCCCCUUCCCUGAGCAGCCGUCUCUGAAACUUUGAUAAUGGAACAUGGAAAAUGACUUAGUGAGCGGCAGGCGAUGUAGCUUCGUAGUGUGGUGAUUAAAUAUGAAUAAUUAUUCCAAGCGCUGUGGGUCGGGCAGAUUACACAUGACAUGUGUAGAACAAUAACUCCCAAGAUAUAAGUUGUUGCAGUCCUCCUCACCCCAGCCACCUUGCAUGAUUAGUGCAGGAUGAGGAGAGCCAAGAAAGACAAGAUUAUACAGGGGUAUAAUGGUAUAGGGAGAAGAAAUGGGGCAGGAGGGUAUGGAAGAUUUCUCACUGCAGCUUCACCCAGUCAUGUCGCUCGGUGUGGGCCAUUACCUGCUCGGCAAAACAGAUAUUCCCGCAGAAAUACAAAUUCACUAAAGUCUCUAUCCAAGCAGAAUAUAUCUCAGUGUCUAGAUCCAGCAGCACUGAGCUCUAUACUGAACAUGGAUCUCGUGUAAUGGUGCUAUUAAUCCAGGGAACAGAAGGCCUGUUUUACUCCUUGCGGAAGGACAAUGACAAUUUGUGAAACACUCUGUGCUGCAAUAUGCAAGUCUGACUAGAUAGCAUUUUUUUUUUUCAUUGGUUUUUAGAAUGAAAAAAAGCCACACGCAUUGGCAAGAGAAAUUGGCCAAUUAAAAAGCUCCAUAUGUUUCUCAUUUUGAAAAUGUUCCCAUUUAAUUGUCCGUGGGGGACUGAAGGAAUCACAUUUAUACACACAAAACACAUGACAAAGUGUGUGUCGGGCCAAAGUCAAUCAUUAAAAGCUGUUCCUAUACAUUAUUGUUGCUAGGUGUCACUGUUACUGCUGCGGACGGAUUCUGCCAACUGUAGCCUGUCCAUGCACCUUUAUGAGAGGUUUGUUCCAUCCGUCUCCUUUUGACAGACUUCCACAAGGGAUUGUUGCAGCAAACCACAAAUAGAAAAACACACACACACACUUUUGCACACAAGCUCGUUGUUGGAGGAAAACUCAGCAGAAGGCAGUAACCUGUCUUCGCCUGUUUCUCACUCAUCGCUGCCCUCCCAUUUACUUUCACCCCGCCGCCGUGUUUUCACCCCCGCUUUGCGACUCGCGUUCCACUUCUCCACCUCUCCUUGUUUGGGGAAAUCGAUUGAUGUGAGAUUAGACAGUUAACUGGCUGCAGCUGGCUGUGUUUAGCCAAUAACAUGUGGGCUUAGCUAAGCUUGUGGGGGAGGGCGGGGGCAGGAGGCCAAGGCAUCGUGCAAAAGCAGUGAUGAGGAGUGAGGGGCGGCGAACAUCACUCUGGCCCUGUUCCAGUGUGUCUUUAUUAAGUUGUGAGGCUACCAAUUGAAUGCUGAAACACAGAAAAUUAUGCCCCACUUUGAGUAUUUAUCCAAGAUAGCAUGCUACAGUGACAAACUCUACCCCUCAAAUUAAUUUGCCUCCAGCUUAGAAAGGUCUGCUUUUACUCUGCGUUACAUCCCCUGCCUGUUAGGCUCAAAAGUGGUCGCAUAUGCCUCUUUAUCUAAAGCAGACCCGGUCUUGUACAGGUAGUUUAUUACAGUAAUUGAUGACUUAUUAAGAAGGCUUGGUAAGGAGGGAAAACUUGAAGAGAUUAAAUGGAAACACCAGGAAAUAUGGUGAGAUGUGCUGCUCUGCAUUUAGCUAACACUAAAAAUGUGGUUUCAAAAAAGGCUCCCUGUGUGCUCACACAUCACACAGGUACGGGAAGUCUUUUAUCAGAUGGAGACAGGAAAAAAAGCAAAAAGGAAUCUUGUCACUGGUCACCGUCCCCGGGGUCGUCUUCCUGCAGGCUUAUUUUCUUCACAUCUCAGCACUUAGCAUCUACUUCAUAGGUCUCCCCCUUCACCCCCUCCUUCUCGCCUCUUCUUCUUCAUCCCAUCUUAAGUCCUCUGUUUCUCUCCAAGCAAAGCCCUCCCAAUUACUAUCUGUAGCUCUCUCUGCUCGCCUGCCAGGACACUGCGGCCUCAUUCACAUGCGCGGUAUAAACAGAAGUACAAGUACCCAAAGCAUGUAGUUCAAGUCCCAAUCAAUCCCCAACUCUGUUCAGUUCUUGGACUCUAUAGCUGCUAGUUUGUAGCAUGCACACGUUUGUCUUCCUCCUUUUAUUUUUUUAGUCCUGCAAUUAUUUGAAUACUUUCUUUUUUCGAUAACACUCUCUUUCCUUGAUUAUAUUGUAUAUGGGUAUGGUACAAAUGAGAGAUUUGAAGUUUCAUAGGUAUUAAGUGUAUAUUGUGUGUGUGUAUACGUGUAUAAAGGUAUGGUUGUAUGUAUGUAUAUACAGGGUCUUUUUCUUAGUAUUAAUGAUUUGUUACUUAUUCAUGUUAGACUUUGGAGCUUUGGUUACUUUUUGGUGACUUGAGAAAUCCUAAAAUUCAACGAAUAAGAAGGAAUGAGGGUAGGUACAAAUAAGCUAAAUAAUAAGCUAAAUAGCUUCAACCUACUUCUUUUCGAUCUCCAAAAAUAGGUGAAUUUCUUGCCUAAAAUUGUGCUGUAUGUAUAUUUGAUCGAAAAACAAUCUCUCUCUCUCUCUCUCUCAAGCUUUAAUUUCACCAUUCAACCCCCCUGUCCGAAAAAGCAUUGUUUGAAAAAACACACAACCCCUCGUAUUUCCAUGCGUGUAAUUCAUCGUCGUCUCUGGUAUUCGUCGCGCUUUUUCUUCCAGACAACAUAAUCUGGACAUCUUUGCACUAGGGACUAGUCUCAAAUUGAUUAAUUAGCCCUGAAAAAUUGGAAGCAAUGUAUUAAUUAAGCUUAAGUAUAUCAAAUCCAUUUUUUGCCAGUUUUAAACGGCGAUUAAUUGAUGCUCCGACGCGUCUGCAGCAGACGCUGAUACGAGCUCGUCUGGCUCUGGCGGAGUGGCUGGCAGCACAUCGCUCGCCUCUGUGGAGAUGACUGCCACAGCCGCUAUCACGAACAGACAGGCGGCAGUGGUGUAGGGAGAUGUUACCCACUGAUAGGGCUGUCCGAGGGAAUGGGAAGAGAGAGGGAGGGAUGAUGGAGGAGGAGGAGGAAGGGUGUGGAGGGACGCUGUUUGACAGGGAUACUGCUUGACUGUACCAGCUGACCCAGCCUAAUUAGCCGCGAUCGGAGUGUGAUAAUCAAACCGCCUUCUGCCUUGUUUUAAAAGCGGGAGGCAUGAGUGGGACAGAGGAGGAGGAGGAGAAGGAGGAGGAGGAGGAGGGAGGAUGUGAUAGCGACUACAAGGACAGGCUAGAUACAGUGAGGAGAGGCAGCGUGAGAUGUGCGAGGUAAAAGGCGAUGAAAUUGGCUUUUCCCUGUUAUUUGAUAGAAACCCCAACCCCCACAUCAUCCUUCAGCUUGUGAAUAGCUUAAAUAAGGGAAAUGUCAGGCUUUGUCAAUUGCUCUCACACAUGUGCAAACUCUUGGCUAGCACACCAACAAAGCUGUGAGUGCCUCCCUCUGGAUUUUAUGUAAUUUAUGGUGCCGAGGAUGUCAAGUAGUCCUUUUGAACUUGUUGCUAGAACAGUUUUGUUAAUCCAAUGUGUAAUUUUGAUGAAAUGAUUAUAAAAAAAUAAGCUGGUGCCUUGAUGUUUUAAUUCCUACCAAACACAUUGGAGUGACAUUGGUGAGGUUGGAUGAGGAGGAACUGAUGGCACAGUGAGGUCCUUUGUGUUAGCUGUGCGGCUCUUUAUACUCUGAUUCAUUUUAACUCAAAGGCUUACAAGGCGAGGAAAACAGAAGGCCUUGGUUCUAUUUAAGUCUACCAUCUGAAGCUAUUUCAAUUGAAAAUUAUCUUCUUUUUUCAUUACUACUAUGUAGUAAGAUUUGCAGCCAGGCGAAAGCUCUUGAAUGUUUUCUUUACUGACCUCACUCUCGGCCUGGAUUUACGUCACUGUCAUACUUUAUCCUGCAAGACCUUGUGGUUUAUAACGUGGCGGUCACCUUUCACAUCAGAAGAUAUUUCAUUAUAGUAUUUAAUAUAAGAUCACUUUAAGGGCUUCUGUAUUAAUAUGGGUGGAGGAUUUUCUCCACUGUUGUUAUUCUCAUUAUUAGCGAUCAGAGCAAAAUAAUGAGAAAAAUAUAAAGUAAUAAAAAAUUUGGUCUUUUUCCCUUUGUUUUUUUUUCAAUAAUAGGUUUCUUCUUCUACUUCAUACAGCCAACUAAACAAACUUAGGGUUCAGACUUUAAUCCACCCAAAAUAUUCACUCAGCUUCCCUUGUGGCACUCCUAAUCUUUAAGACCCUCGUACUGCCUGUACUUUUCCAAAGUGUUUCAAGUUCCCCCACAAUUAUAAUCUCCACUUUUUUCCCCACAUGAGCUGCAAUUAACUUUACAUUAUGACCGAACCCUCUGUAAAAAAAAAAAAUCCCGAGAUUAAUUGACUGGUCAGAAGUCAGAUCAGAUGCCCUUUUCACACUUGUAGCCAUGGCAACCUGUCUCCUGCUAACAGUGGCCUUCGAUAAACCUUUAUCUGGCUAGUGGGAAAGGGCACUCCAUUCAGCACCAUUCAUAUUUCAUGGACAGAUGAAUUCAGACACGUUAUUCACAGGGUGGCUGGAUGCAUAUUACAUCUGUAAUUUGACUGCUUUUGAAUUCGUGCUCACGCUGCAGCUGGAUCAAUCUGUAAGAAGUCUAUUAUUGAUUUGUUAUACAUUUCUGUUACAGAACUUUACUAAAACUGCACUUUACAUUUACAUUAUGAUUGCAAUUGAAGAUUGAUUCUGAGUAAACUGAACAUACAUGCUUGAAGGUUAUUAAAAGUAUUGUUAAAUUCAUCAAUGCAGUCAAACAUUUAGAGCCAAAAAAAUGCUCUCAUGGGUCAAAAAAUCAUUCAGCGCAUAAAUUAUGUCUUUCUUUGUCUUAAAAAAAAAAUCAUUUUUAAGUAGGUUGCCUUUCCGGGGGUAAAUGAUCAUUUCUAUAGUGAAGUAUUCGGUUGAAGAUGAAAACAAAGAGAAAGACAGACAGAGAGAAAGAGUGGGACCCACGCUCAGACGCAGCACAAUUGAAUCCUAAAAAAAACAAAUGAACAAAGCAACACAAAAUCUGGCUGCUGAAAGACAGGCUGCUUGAAGACGCACUUCUUCUGAAACGUUUCCAGCGGGCAUUGGAAAGAAAGUGGAGAUGUGAUGGAGCCACAGCUCAGCCAAAAAGUGACUCAGUCUUGUGGACAAGAACUGACUUUUAGACUUUAAUUCAUCAAAUGGAAGUUAAAAAAAAAAAGUCUUUUCUAUUUUCAUGAGGCUCUGAAAAAUGCUGGCAGAGUCUUUUUAACUGUAUUUAGUAAAUACUUGAUCCUGAAGUAUUUAAUAUCCAUACCUUUGAUGCCCUUGGGUAAUGGAGAGCAGAGACCUUUUUCAUAAUUAUGCAUAAUUAACUCACAGCAUAUAGAAAACACAUAAACCCUUGUUGACAACUACAAGUAAAGAACAAUAACUCCUAAUAUAUUUACUCAUAGAUGGGAAAAACUAUUUAUAAAUGACAAACUAAACUGUUAUUUCCUGAUACCACUCAGCAGCAGGAACUCCAUUGUUUUCCAAACAACUCCAAUUAGCAAGUUAGCAUAUCUUCCAGCGCUUUGACAAGGUGUACAGCGCAGUGCAGCAAGGGCUUUGUAAAUGCGUGUUUUUUUUUUCACACGAGGUGCGAUGUUCAAGUAAUUGUUCCACAGGUUAAUGGUAUAAACAUCUGCUGUGAGAAGAGGAGCCUGAUUUGAAAGCAUUGUAAUUAGUUAGUUCUCAAACAUCGCUCCAAACAGGUAGCAUAUGGGAGAGUCCUUGUUUCAUGUGAUGCUAUCUCAUCCGUCUGUUUAAACAUGAUUAAUUGAGACCAUCAGAGGGUGUUUACACCCGUUGAAACAGGACUCGUUACAGAGUUUCGCUCAGGCUACUAUGUCAAUGACUGCUCUUAUCUAUUCAUAAUCAUUCAUGUAAAUAUUAAUUUUUAUCUCCUCUUUAACCGUCUGUUGUGGCAGUAUGAAAGCUAAAAGUCUGUAGCAUGGCCUUAGGGAGUAGCUGAGAUUAGAAAAAUACAAGCCACAUCUGAAAACAUCAGCCAGAUGCUCAUGUUUCUCCUUACUGCAUGUGCGAGCCGGAUUUGUCUCUGAGCCUUUCAUCUUGUCCUGCUCCUCAUCUUCCUUUGGCUCUCGCAGCUUGUCCCUGGCUGGGCUGAUAGCCCGAUUCAUGGCAACAUCACCAGUUACUUUCCUGGUGUGGAAAAUGAGAACCAUGAGCAAUCUGGACUUCUCCAAAAAGCGUCACUCAAAGUCAAACAAGAUUUCUGUGUGUAUGUGUGUGUGUGAGUAUGUGUGAUAGUGUGCAUGUACACUAGUGCCAGAGUGUGCGUUCACCCCAUUCUUAGAGGAUAUGGUGGUAUCGCACAGCAGUGAGGCGAUUUGCAGCUAAGCUAGUGGAAUCCUGUGGAAAGCCUAAAAUCUUAUGGGGUGAAGGGAGGGAAAAUAUCACAGUCUUAGGAUUUCUUCCCUCUCAUUACGGAAGAUUUAAAGGGAUUAGUCUAUUUUCUUUAAUACACCAAGUUUUAUUAAAUUCCAUUGUUAUGAUUGUGGUUCAUGAAGGGUAAUGUCCAUUCUUGUGUCCUUCCUCCUGAGCUGAAAGAGCCUGAUAGCUGGCUGGGCAGGAUUUUGGCAAUAGUGGGGGUGUGAUUUCCAGGCCUAAACUCAGUGCCUAACCUGCACGGCGGCUCACCCCCUGAUCCUCACUCAGCCCGUGAGGCCUGUCUCAAGCACUGUGGCACCACUGCGUCAGAGAGGAUUGAUAAAUAUCUGGGGCUCGAACCACUUGGGCUAUAAAUCUCUGACAUUAUCCCUUCACCCUGGUCGCUGCACAGAAUAAUUAUGUCAUGUUUAUGGAAGCAAUGAGUAAAAAUAUGUCUUGUUUCACUCAGAGCACCAUUACUACAACCUCCUAUCAGAGCAUGACUGGACUUUCUGUCUUUUAGAGAAAUCUGGUUUAUGUCCUCUUGAGAGUGCUUUUCAAUGCCCCUAAACGCUUACUGCUGCUGGCCCUCUCCCCUCAUGCAGGCUGCUCUGUAAUGAGAACAUUACAGGGUAUUAAUCCAGGAGUGUGCUCACUCAUAUUAGACACUGAAAAAACACACAAAGCCAUUAAAUUCUGGGGAAGGCCCAUUAAAAAAUGUCGGCACUCUGAAUGUGCGGAUUAGGGCAGAGUCAUGCAGAUUUAAAGUUAAUCACUCUUCAAACGUAUUGUUAAAGUUUUAUCCACUCCCAGGUCCUGAAAAACUCUGUGAUCUCUUCAUUAUGAUUAUUACUUUUUUUUUUUUUUUCUGCUUUGCUAUUUGGAAAACAAAUUUCACACUCACGGUGUUAAAACACACUUUUCUCUGCUGAACUGAAGCUCCAGCUGGAGAUGGUGCUUUUGUCAGUGUUCUUGUCAGAAAAGUCGCCUGCAGACGAAUUUGAAUUUGUUUGUGUGAAUGCCUCAUUUGAGUGGAAUAAAAGUCAGAACGUGAGGCGAGGCAGUUUGAUUAGUUUGCAUAUUUCAUGUUUACACUUUAUACAUGCACACAGACUUGCCUGCUUGCUGUAAACACAACUAGUAACCCACAUAAUCACCAAGAGUGCAUGUUUUAAGGAGAAUGAGGUGAGAAAAUAAAAACACCCUCAUGCCAAACCGGUUCUACCACACGCACAAGCAUUGGGUGUAUUUCCCCAAAACAACAGCAGCAGCAGAAAGAGAGAAAAUCCGGUUUGUUUAUCUCCUCCAUUAUCAGGACAGACAUGUUUCUGCUCCCAGUUGUUUCCUCUCUUUGUAAUCAUAUGAGCAACAACCUGGUAGAUGUGGUGCCUGUGCUAUAAAUGAAAUUAAUUAACAUUGUGUGGCUGAGCCCCAUAGCGGUGCAGCCCACGUUUCCUCCUUUUUUUUAUUUAUUUCUGGCAUUAACCUCUAAUUGAAAAGCUUAGUUAAAUUUGUGAUAGCGGCAUACGUAAUUAGGAUGCGAUCAUAGCUGUUGAUGCUGAGAUAUUUUAAGAUGGAAGCUCUGGCACUGAAUUCAAAGAGUGAAGAUGUUGCUGCAGCUCACGGGAGGUACCAAGUUAGCUUAGCUGGAAACAACAAAGGCUGAACCGUGACUCACUGUCGGUGCCUACGUCUGUGUGUUUAUAGGGUACGUAGACUGACUAGCGGAUAUAAUGUCUGUGAGCCAUCUAAAAAAAAAAAUAGGUGUGUUCGAGGUACUCGUGUGAGUUUUGGCGUUAAAAUGAUGUUUUUCCUCCGAAGUUUUUGAGGAUAAAACAAAAAAGGCUCUCUCUCAAAUACAAGACGCUUUGUUGUCACAGCACCUCUCCCAGAGUAUGUGUGACAGAGCAGCAGAAGAGCUGUUCCAGUAUCUGCUCGCAGUGGGUGAAACAUGUUGUCCAGCACAGCAGUAGGGAGGAUACUACGGAGCAGAUUAUAAUGAUACAGAACAUCGUCACUCCCUGGAACAGAGCCACUCCAUGGCCAUCUGUCCUCCGUCCACAGACAGCCGGGCAUCACUGCAUUUGAAUGUGUGUGUGUGUGUGUGUGAGUGUGUAAUUCCAGACAUUAACCACAUUCUUUUACAUAUGCUUUGAUACCCUUUUUUUCUCCUCCUUGUUAUUUUUCCGUAAACAUUAUCCUCCUCAUCCAUUUGAUGAUGUAGCUUCAGAGGGAGUUUUAAAGCAAGUUCUCAUGUAUAAUCCAAAAAAGUCAGAGGUAGAAGUUUGUAAUAAAACAGGAAUAAAUAAGUCCCUCUCUCUGUCUUUUCUGCCUCUGCAGAUUCGUCUCAGUACUGUAGCAGCAAAAGCCAAGCUGCCAUCAGUAGUCUUUCGUCUUUGGAGUUGGAUUUCAUUCAAACCACAGAAAACUAAUCUUCCAAGAGCCCAUGUCAUAAAACUAAUGAAACAUUACAGAGAAAACGAUAAUGACGUGUAACAGUUUAGGGUUUAAUUACAUUCUGGGGUUGUAAUAAAGAUUAAGGCUCUGUGAAUUGUACUGUACUUUUGUGUGUUCUUUUGUGCAGCUGUUGCUGUCGACUGUAACUACUGAAAGGACAAGCCACCCUUGAUGUCUUCACACGCUGGGUGUAGAUUUUAUUUAAUGACUUGAGGGUUAUUCAGUACUUUCCUUCGACUGAACCUCACAUCUAGAAUCUAAAGCAUGUGAACAGUGUUAUACUGUAUAACACAGAGGCGAGUGAAAGGCUGUUGCUUUACAUCUCAGCUGUAUUGCAUGUGACAAAGUCGCACCUGCAACCGGUUCUUACAAUUAGAGUACCUGAUUCUCUCAUCAGAGUGUAACAGUGUUGUAGGAGGUGAAGUCACGGGAGGCACAGAUGUUUUCUCUUCACAUGACUUUGUGUCUGAUCUCACCAUACACCUUUCACUAACAAUUUCACUGUUUGCUUAUUGAACCCGUCUCGCUUGUGUGUUGUCAUUACGUUUUCCUCGCAGAAAUGCUACUUUGAACUAGCAAACCUGUUGGCACGAUUCUUUUGUUUCUGAAGCCUGAAGCUUUGCACCGCUCUCCAACCUACAACGUGUCUGCUUAUAACAAUGAAGAGCUUAGGAAAACCAAGACCCGUGGACAAUGGCAUAAGUGCACGUGCUUUGCUAUCGAUAUGUUUUGUUUGCAUUGGUGGAACAAUCAGCCGAGGUUCCGAUCAAACAUUGCCACAGUUUGACUUACAUUGUGCUUGCUAAUGGUAUAUCGGAUGCAGCAACAUUGUUAAUCACUGACAGAUUGUUUGAUCAAUUCCAUGCAGACACUUACAAACUGGGUGAAAUUGCUCAGCUUUGAUUAUGUGAAAACUAAAAGCCCGGUUGGAAAUUUCCUGAACGGUAAAUUAUGCACAUCUUGCACUGAAUCAUUAGGAAACAAGCAAAGACCCUUUUUUUUUGGUCCGGCCUGUUUCCCAGGCUGAUGUGGAUGAAUAUUUGUGCUGCCCCAGGGCGUUGUUUCCCCCAUGUUACACUGCAUCAUGAACCAGAGAGAUAAAUGGGCCUGGCCUGUCCAAGGCAUCAGGACUUCUUCUCUGCUCAACCAUAACUAGCAAUGUCCUUUUAUCCACUGCCUGCAGUGCUUUAGAUAAUGGAGUCUUGACAGAGGAAAUGCUCAAACAAAGAGAGGAGAUGGGGCUUAUGACAGUAGAUGGGAUGAUCGGAGACGUCAGAAAAGAAACACUGAAUUCAUAUAGGAGUUAUGUGUGAGUUGUCCUGAUAUAGAUAGCAGUAUUGAUAUUCUACACUGUCGCUUUAUUGAUACAAUAGCACAGAGCCAGUAAAGUGAGUCUAUGCCAGCAAUCAGUGUCAGAAUCAGUGACGGUGAGGGAAAAUGGCAUUUCUCUGUAGUUUGUGUAGACACAGAAAGAUGAUAUAGCUUCUAAACCCUGCUAGGUGCGUUGAAAGGAGGAAAAUCUAAGAGAGACAAGCUUUAGUAAUGAAAGGAAGUAGCAUGGCAACCAGUUGAUAAGUAACAGGAUGAUAAGAGGAAAUAGCUCAUGGGUGGAUGGACGGAUGGAUGGAUGAAGAUGGGCGGGACAGCAGGCAGGCUCCAUGGGAGAUUGGCUUAAGUAGCAUGGUGCCCGGCUUCCUGCCGUCACUGAGCCACCGGUUCAAAUUCAAAAGAAAACACAUGUCAGUGUAAACACAUACCCUGCUAAGACAGGCCCGGACCAAGUCACAUGAACAUGCACUCGGAGACACACUGCGGCGACGUCAUUAUUAGGAUCCCUGUAGCUGUAAUGAAUAUACUUUAGAGGAUGUGCGCUAUAAAUAGGGCUUUGAGGUAUCUGCAUGGAUGGCAGCCGUAUAAAUUUCAUCAGAUGUCUCUGUUGCGUUUGUGAUACUGUACUUCAGUUUUGCCUUCUCACAGAGAUGGAGAGAGAGCCUGUGUGUGUAUGUGUGAGUAUGUGUGGAUGGCGACUGGGAGUGUUUUUCGCCGAUAACCUCAGUUUGUUACUUUUUGAUCCUGCUAAAUUAAGAUAAGGGGCUUGGUUAAUUAAACUGUCACAUGGCAAUACCUUGAGGAAUUGCGAGGCCAACACAGCUUUAAUUGGGUGGCUGCUAUUGUCCCUGCGCUGCCUGCCUUCACCGGGAAGCACCCCCACAGAGGGUGGGGGGAGAAAACAGCCUCAUGGCUACUGGCAAAGGAUGGAAGAGCAGAUAGAAUGACAAGUCUGAACAUUUAAACAAAACAGCAGGGGGCAAGGACAGUGUGAUCUCUAAAAAAAAAUAGGUGUGUAUCACUCACACUGCAGCAUCCAAAGGUAUUAAUUCGCCGCCUCUUAAUGUAGUAAAUUCUAAACAUAUAAUGGCCACAUUGAAGUAAGGUGUGAAUGUGAUUAGACUUAAAACCAGGAUUUUAAUUGCUACUUCAGUAUGCAUGAAUGGGAGUUGUGCAAUUUUCUGUCCAUCGCAGUAAUCUCUGCGGUGCAUUAGUUGCAAGUCUCCAAAGCCCCACGGACAAUGUCAGCAAGCUUAAGAUGCAUCUGUAAUUACCAGCAGCCAAUUAACAGCUGACCUCGCCAUCCCACCUCAAACCACAACAAAGAUCUAUUAUGGAGAUUUAGAAGGCUUGCAGUGUAAACAACUAAGUGUGAUGGAUCUCUGUACAGUGCUUAUGGGUGUUCGCACCUCCCCUUUCGACUUACACGCACAUGCUUCAUUGUGAUUCAGACCACGAUGAGCCAGCCGGUUGAACGUGUUGCAGAUGUGUAGGUUUUUCUGUAACAGACUUUCAGGAGAGCAGCAGCAGAGUUGAUAAAUGUUUAUACGUUUGCUCUGCUGGUAAGCAGCAGAUUAAUUCAUGUUUAAGUUUUAAACGAGCGUAUUAGUUCGAGAAAGUUAAACCCAUUAAUUAGUGCUUCCUUUAUACAUAACUUUGAGCAGAUUUUUAUUACAUUUCAGAACAAAUGCAUCGCUUUCCCAAGACAAAAACAAUGCAUCAUAUUAAUCGAAAAGUCUUGCAGCUGAAUCUGAUUUAGUUUGAGGACAAAAGCAUUACUGGAUUAUAAAGGAAUCUCAGAAAAAAUGUGCUGUUGUUGCUUGAGGAAGUAUCCUAGAUAGAGUAAUGCCCAUUGUAUGGCGGUGUUUUGAAAACAGUUGUCCAUCUGGCACUGAAGGUGAUCAAAAUCUGCCUUGAUUAACAAGUGGCAAAUCUGGGUGAUGGUCGCCUGCGCUGCCUCUCAUCCCCUCCCAAGUGGGGAUCAAAGAGGAUGAAGUUUUGAGCCGAGGGAUAAUCUAGUUCCUGAGAUUGUGAUAAUGCUGCUCAGGAUGAUCAUGUGGAUGAGAGCGGGGUUUGGGAGUGCACAUGGCUCGGAGUUCAUGCUUACAUGUACUUGUGUGUCUGUUUUAUGAGAAGAGGCAGACAAUAACAGAGCAGGCAAGUGAAUUAGGACACACACAGUGAUGUAAACAACACAUUCCUGCUGUUGCUGUAUCCCAGCAACCACAUCAUUGAACAACAGGUGAUUUCAACCGUCUUCCUUUUUAAGCUUCAAUAUGGUGAAUCAGGACAACUUCUAGUCAGAUACAGCAAACAUUUCCAAGAAGACUGAAAUGAUGAAGACAAUUUCAGUCUGAGGAAUAAUCAGAGCAUUCGUAUGUAGAUAAUGUUUCCCUAUUAGCUUAGUGUGUGGUCUUUUGAGUCCCAAAGAACAGAUAUUUUCAUAAACAGUUUGCGUAAUGACACUGAGCUUAAGCUCUGUCGAAUCUCAUUUUGGUUUUAAGGUCCCUGUUGUUCCGCAUGGUCUCUUCCCACCCUAAUCCGUGUCUGGUGUUGGUGUCCAGCUGUUCCAUCAGCACGACAAGUGGUUCAGGGAACUCCCACAUUGUUCAUUGACCAAUCGCAAACACACCAGAAUGCUGUCAACGAGCAUUUUCCACCCAGUGGUUUGCAUUUGCCUGCACCUGUGGUUUUAGCCCUGGGGGCAGUGGGUGCAGUGGUAGGGGGUGGCCAAAUAGGGGAAAGGCUGGGCAUCGGGGUGGAAAGGCAGUCAGGGGUUGGGAUUAGACUGUCUUUCUGUCUGUCUGUCUGUCUGUCUGUCUGUCUGUCUGUCCAGAUUAAACAAAAUAGAUUCACUGUGAGUUUACCCACAUCCACACACACACACACACAUAUACACACACAUGUUUGUGUUUCCUCAAAAUGCAUCAGAGGCCAGCCUUGCCUUGCCAUGCCACCUAAAUUUGCAUUUUUGUUAUUUGCAUGAAGUCAUCGGAGCUCGGAGGCAACUUACGGUUGUGUGUGCACGUAUGCAUGCAAACGUUUGUGUGCGUCUGGGCGUGUGUUUCACAAUUUCACAAGCAAAAAUAAAGAUCUUGUCCAAACAAUCCAGCAGACAUGACUGGAAAGAGCCUGUGCUGCACUCAUGAAAAGCUUGCAGAUGAAACACCUGGAAAGUUUCAACACUUGUUGUCCAGAAUUUACUAGAAUGUGUUGAAUUUAUGCAAAACACCGGCGCUGACCUCCCAAGAUAUUGUUACAUCCAAUAAUGCCGCAGUAGAGUCUACUGUGGAGAGUUACUAGAAUAGAUACACUCUGCACUGCAGUGCUUUGCCAGCCGAGGUUGUGAAUCUUAUCAGACGGAGUUGUGGUAGUGGAUUUUGUGUGUGUGUGUUUGUGUGUGUGUGCCUGCGUGUGUGUGUCCAGGCCCCUCUGGAGUCCAUUAAUCCCGAAUCUAACAGACUUACUGCAGAGGCAGCCUUUGAUGUGUGCUGAAUCCCUCUCUGGAAUAUUGGAUGCUUGCUUCCAUAAUAUUCACUUCCUAUUCUCUCAUCAGGAAUACAUUGUUUUGUUUUCACCCCCACGUUGCCUGGAUUUGUCUGGCAGGACAGGUGGCGGCAGCGUUAUGAGUUUGUUUACGAUUCAGGUGUGUUUUUACCAGUUCUCUGAUCUGUAAUUUUACAUCUCUGAGCUCUUUUAAUCCCGUUCUUAUCUUGUGUAAGCCUUCUAAUCUUUGACCCUAAUCUUAAACCGCCACAUAGAGUGGGAUAGUGUGGACUGAGUGGAGUUGUUUGUCUCACCUUCAAAUUCAAUGCAUACCUUCGUCGGAAAAAAAUGGAGUCCUGUAGCCUUUUGUUUUUGUAUUUUUUUUCCAAGUGUCUGAGAGGUACUUAUUGCUGUGUUUUCUUUUUAUUUGGGUUUAUUGCCGUGGCCUGGACUUGAACCGGGGUCUGUUAUAAAGCCUCUUGCUUAUAACUGUCAAGUCUCAGGAGUAAGGCAUAUGAAGAGGCAAAGAAAGUAUAAAUUAGAUAGUGAGAUGGAAAACACAUUUCUAUUUGAAACGAUUAUCCCCCCUGACGGGUAUACUAAUAGACCGUUAUUGCAUUUCCGUCAGUUUCUUUUAAUCUAAUCAAACUUAUAAACAGACACGCGAGAGUGUUAGAGUGUGCGUAUGUUUAUCCACACAGAGACACGAGCAACCAGUGUCUAGACGCCAAACACCAAUUUGGCGGCAGCACUGGGGGAACAUCAAUGCUAAAGCAAUGUUGCUGAAACACAAGGCAUGUUCCUUCGUCUUGCAUGGAGGAGAGAUUGCAGUGACAGACAGACGGGGGAGAGGAGGAGGAGGAGGAGGAGGAGGUGCAGCAGCAAAAAGAGGAGCAGUUGGCAGAGCUCACUGUGGCUAAUACAUCCAAAGUGUGUCAGUUAGCUCUCUAAAUGUGUUAGGCCCCGAGGCUGAGAAAGCCAACACCAUCGACUCAACCUACCUCUCUCCACCUUUCCACUUAGCCUCUGUUCAACGCCCGCCAAUAUCCUUAGGGGAGCUACACUGCUGUUCAUUGGCACAAUUGAUCAAAUGCCGACAUGCUAAAGUGUACAGUUUUCUUAUUGCAGGUAUUGGUCUCAUGGGUACAUGUGCCAGGGGACGAAUUCAGAGCAGUGUGCUGAUAUGCAGAAAGGUGGAGUGUCACCUCUUUUGUUAAAUGUAUCACGCUGGUUAGCAGCCACUCAAGCUAAAGGUGAAAGUGUUAUGUUACAAGAGCUAAUGAGCCAUUUAUUUGGGGGGGUUUGGUACUUCUCACAGCAUUGGAGAACUAUUAAGCAUGAUCUGCACUUUAGACACUGUAAGUAUUGGUGUGUUGUAAAUUAAAAGUUUAGCGAUAAACUCAUUUCCACAUCGACGUUUCCCUUUAUUUCCCUGACCUAAACACAAAUGCGAACUAGUCUCAAAGAUUUUAGUUUGCAGGGUGUCCGACCUUAAUUCUUCUGGUAGCUGGAGCUGAAUAAAGACUCGAAAUGUAAUCCAGCGGCGGGCUUGGCGAGGUGGCCUUGAUUUGAUAUGACUCCCAGUUGAACGUUCAACACCAACAUUGGGUAUGACAUUCUUCGGUAACCAGCAGGCAUCACUUUUAUGUAACAUUGACCGACAUCCAGUAUGUUUAAUACUGACAGUAGCAUCAGUAGAUUCAGCUGUCUUGGUUGUUGAAAACGCCUCAGUAGCGCUAAAUGCAAGUCGACCCAGAGUCAACUUUCAUUUUGUCAGCGAAGAAUCCCUGAGCUUUUUUUAUUUCCCUCGCUGUGUCAUUGGACGCAGAGCAAAGCAGGAGCAGGAUGUAAACGAAAAAUCAAAUCUGAAAAAAUGAUCCUUUAGUAUUUGAAAUUCACAGAGAUCCUUUUGGGAGCUAGUAUACACCGAGAGGCCUCAUCCUCUUGAAAACGCAAGGACUGAGUGAUCAUUACAAAAGCAAAACAGAUGAAUAAAGGAGUGUAAUGUGAAGGGAGUCACUCAAACGCUCCAAAGCAGGGCCUUGAGCUGAGAGAGUCGUGCCGUUUCCAAUUGUAGCUCAGCUGAAAGUCUUUGUUUGGUAACAUAAUCUAAUAAAUAAAAAUGUUAACUUGACUUCAAACACAAAGAUAGCAGUCUGACAAUGCCAGAAUACACAGAUAUUCGAGAAAAUUCUUCAGAAAUAAUCUCACAAACACGCAACUUUUAUAGCGAUCGGAAAAGGGGAGUUUGGUUUGGUGGCAUAAAAAGAAAACUUACAAGAUGUGGUGUCAGGUACAGUCCUGCUCUGUGUUAUUAUAGUACACAGUCUGUGAUAUAAUGCAUUUAGUUUAAACUACUGCAAAAGUGGAAGAAAAUAAAUAACACUGGUACACACUAGCAAGCCAGUCUGUCAGAUUAGGCUCUUUGAAACAUCUGACUGGUGUCGUUUCAGGUAUGCGUUUAAGCUGGGGAUAUUUUUACACAGCUGUAGACACUGUUAGUUUUGCUGAAUUAAUGCAGGGAGGAGUACACGACAGAUCUUAAAAAGUGUCACAGCUGUUCUCCGGAGAAGUACUGCAGCUUCUGGUGGUGAUGUUACAAUACGCAGAACUGAAUCUGAGAGAAAACACCGAAAGAGAUCAGAACAUCUGGCUCAUCACCCAUCUACGCUACAGUCAGCCUCGGAAAUAGAACUUCCACCGCAGUAUGAAUUUGUUUGUGAACGUGUUAAAAUUUUGAUUUCGGAUACUUCCUGUCCCUUUUUAUGUCUGAAAUAUUUUUUGUAACCUCAGGUCAGCAGCAGCCAUGACAAAUCCAAUCUUCUGGGUUUCGGCUCCUGCUUGGAUUGCAUCAGGCUUGAGUGUCAGCCUUCUUGACAUGUUUCAUCUACCUAACCCCUCUCUGCCCGGUCUUAUCCGUUUCUGACUCUAAAGUGGGGGUUGUGGAGUUUUCCCUUUUGGAUUUUGAAGUAUUUACACAUGUUUUAGCAGCACUUGUCUUUGAGCUUUGCUUCAUCCUACAUACAAAAACCCUUAAAAGGAUUAAGUUCAUUUGAUGCUAUCAGACCAUAACGCAAUAGUAUUACCUCCCUAUUGAACACUGUAUUUAUAUGUUUUAUUAGAGUUGAGUGAGAGGGAGAAUGAGAAGCACUUUCCCUAAUCCUACUAAAGCGGUACACAUGAGAAUGAUUACUCGCACAAAGCCAUGACACCCCGAGUUCUUCAAAUCCCUUUGUUCAAAAAGAGAGCGACAAACAGAGAGGCAGACAGAGAGAGAGAGAGAGAGAGAGAGAGAAUGAAAGAAAGUGAUUUAAUUCAGCAAAUGUGACGGGAUUGUGCGGUGUCUGGUGGAUCUCGUUAUUGUAUGGAUUGCCUGAGUGAAGCCUCCACAAUACUAAACCUGUUUAUCCUUGUUGUUUUGGGUCCAGUUAUCAGUGCACUGCCACCGUGCCUCAUUUAAGGUCCUAAAUCCAAUCGGUUUAAGAAGAGAUCCCACAAAUCUAAAGGGUUUGCAUUAGGAGUGUUAAAGUGGCGCGGGUAGAAUGUGAACAUUUAUCAGAGUGAAGCUUUUCAAAAGACAACCUUUCCUGUGAAUUUGCAACAAAAGGUUUCCCCUUCGUUCUUUCUUAACAGCGCGUUUUAAACCUGUUUUCUCCUUGGAAAGAAACUGGAUUUCUGUAAUGAGCUAGUGAGUCAGAGAUUCUCGUGGCUUAAUUUCUUUAAAAUUCCCAUCCCCCACCCAUUUUUUUCUCUUUCCCUCACCUCACUCUCUCUUCGCUCACUCUUUCUCACUUCAUUUCUUGCACUCACUGUCUCCCUAAAUGGGCCAAGGCAACUUUUCCUUGCUGUCUACUGGGAGACGGAAGUAGAUUAAGGCUAUUAACAGGCAGAAGGAUGCUGAUCAGCCUUCCUGGGCUCUGGUCUAAUGCCUGGUCCACACCAAGCUCUCUAUCUUGAUGUUCCAAAAUCCUAGACACCCUUCAAAAUUGAUGUGUUUAUUUGUUUGGUGACUGCGUGUUAGCUGGUGAAAGUGUUUUUCUGUCUGACACAGCCCAUUUGACUCCCUCAAAUAUUCCCCAGUACAAUCUAAGGGUGUCAUGCAGCGACCAAAAAAGAAAAAAAAAAAAAAAGAGUGCGCUCUCAUUCACAUCUGCAAACAGCACAUAGUAAAGAGCAGAAAUGAAAACAUGGUGCAGGCAUGCUGGGUCUGUUUAUGUUGUUUAUGAGUGAACAUGCUGCAGUGCAACACACAAAAGCAAGACAGACAAAAACUCUGCUAUAUUUAGACGACAAAGUGUCAUAAACUCAGGCUAAAGCGGAAAGAAAUAAACAAAAGAGAGAGAGAGAGAGAGAGAGAGAGAGAAGGAGAGGGGGGAAAAACGCAAGGCGGUCCAGAAGCAUCCCCUGUCAUGGUGCAAUCCCCCAUGUCCUAAUUACACAGGCUUAGAGGAAACGGAGGAUUAGCCACUGAUUCACCACGCUUCGCGCCUCAUCUUCUAAUAAGUCCCCUUCUUGUCUCCUUGCCACCCUUUGUGCCGCCCCCCCAUCUCUCUCUCCAGGUAAAGGUAGAGAGAUACUUUUGACCUGUAGCUUUCAGACACUCUUUGCUCCUCUUUUCCGACUCUGACAACACCGCCUAAUCCAAUUUUUUACAGUAAUCCAGGCCGCAGACUUGUUUUGUUUGCUAUUCUCAGCAUUGUAUGUUCAGUGUGUUGUCUUCAUCACUGAAGCUUUGGAUGCCAUUCUUAUGAGACCACAUUUUGCUUCGUGUGUUGGAGUUUGCUAACCUGACACCUGGAGAGAUUGUAUAUAUUUCACAUCCAUCUAGGUGGCUGUUAGGAGAAUUUUCUUUAGGGUGGCGGAGCUAUGUAACUCAGAUACCAUGGAUAUGUUGGUGUUAGAUUCCUGGAGCCGCGGGCCUCCGACAACCAUCCUCAACAAGAACCUUGUACACAUUUCUGACAUCACUCGGGUUCCCAAAUAGGUUAUGCCAUGGUAUUCCCCUAUGUGAGCUCUACAUAUUUUCAACUAAGGCUCCUUAAAAUAUGUUAUCCUUUGUUCUUACCCUACAUGGACAAUUCUUUAGGUCAACUAAAUGCCAGCAGAAUGUUUGGAAACAUGGACGACUAUAUAUACUUAAACAGCCUCAGACCAGUCUUUGUUACACUUUGUUACACCAUUCGUGUGGACCUUCCAUUCUUUCAAGUAUGAACCUGGGCUAGGCAUCCCUACAGUGACACCACAUAGAAGGUGUUUAGGAAGGGCAGAACCUUUAGAAAAACUCUGGAUCCAUUGAAAUGGCCACAUUUAUUUCAGGCCAGUCAGAACCGCAGAACAUGAGGCACUGAUGGCAGUAGAUGAAUUAUGCAGUUUUGAGUUGGGCAAGUCACGAUUAGUUAUGUUUGCAUCCAUGAAUUAACUAGAUUACUUACUAAGUAGCUGCAUUUUAAAUUCAUGAGAAAGUUUCUUCUUGCUGCUUUAUCCCUCUUAUCCAUGUACCCUGCCUCUUCUCUGACUUGUAUUUGGCUAAUUAGUUCUCAGAGAACAGCAGACUCAACAGUUGAUAUGUGAAGCUUGUCUCCAACAGCAUACCUUGCUAUCAGUCUGUUAGAUUAUGGAGCUGGUGGUGAUUUACAAUCAAGCCUAGGCGGUCUGGAUAAAGUAGCUCCUCCCUCAGCUGCUGAGCUUCACCCGGGUCACCAGUGUCUGCAGCGUCUCGCUCUCUGGCAGCUCGCUCGGUAAAAGCAUGUUUGAUUAGGUGCUCUGUGAGUCUUGGCAGUGACAAUGUUUCUGUUCAUGCACAUGGACUACAACUCCCCACUUCAUGUUUUUCCCAUACCUUAAAGCGUGAAUACGUUCAAUGCAUUACUUACAGCAAAGCAGAUUUAUUUGUGCAUCUGUGUGUAUUAACAGUUAAUAUAAAGUAGUACAACCUCUCACUGUUAAAUACGCACUUUUGGAAAGAUUGUCUGCUAGGACUUGUGUAUUUUUGGGUGAUUAUGUAAUUUUCCCCUUAUCUAACCCAACUCACUUGGGUACCUGUCUACCUUAGAGGUACAUUUCAUGUUGCCGUUGUUUUUAGAGACGCCGUUUUUGUUUGUCAGUCAGAUUGUUUCUAAAACUGCACCGAUUGUUUUCUUCUCCAUUUUAAUUGGCUUUACAGUAUAUGAAGGCCUCGGGGGACCCCAGUCAGAAGUAUCUUCUUUUUUUUUUCUAUGUAGUUCAUAUUUGCAUCAACAAGAAUUUUAUAUUUAUACUCUUUACUAAAUUCUUAAAGGCACUGUAAGAGGUUUUCAUGAUGUGCUAAAUCUGGUGACUCUUUUAGACAAGACAAGUAAUGUUUUCCUGGAUGAGGACCGCAUUUCCCAUGAGCUUUCAUGAGCAUCAUUACAGACUGUCAGACAGAAACAUGCAUUUGUUAUGAGAGCAAAUGAAAAGACAACAGAUCUCCUUUUUAAAAUUACUUGUACUUAUGUAUUUGGACGUAGGUAAUGUAAUGAUAACUCCUAAGUUGGAAUGCCUGCUGCAAUGGUUGACCUUUGGUACUAGCAUAUAUCCACCCUGAUAACACACAGGACAAGGAAUGGACAUUACACUCAUGUUAGUAUAUUUAUCUUUAUCUUCAUAAGGCACUAAAAGUGAGUAAAAAGUGAGUUAUAUAUAGUUAAUCUACUAUGUAGGUCUUGUGGAGGCAUCUCUAAAUGAGUGACACAAUUUCAAAAUCAAUUAAAAACUCCUCAUAGCAAUCAACAAACUAAGUGCUGGUGUUCAUCUUUUGGGGGGUGGAAAUUUCUAAACUAAUGAAACUUGGACCUAGUUUGCACUUUAAUAUCUCACUCUGAAUAUGCAGCACACAGUAUUAGAGAUAUGGUAAUGUAUUGCGGCUAAUUAGUGUAAAUAUCCUUCAAACAGCUGCCAUGUAUACACAGAUUACAGUGUAGUCCUUUACUGAUGAACUGUUGUUAUUUAUUCUCUCCCAGGUUAAUUGGUUGAUAAAAAUAGCCUGAUGACAGCAGGAAGGAUGUAGAGACGUCCCUCUCAGACAUGGUUGUCUAAUAGCUUGCCUGUGGCUUCUCUGCAGCAAUUGCUCCACCAUUAGAACACUUAAGCAGUGAGGGGAAAAGGAGUUGAAGAGUGAGCUGUAGCCAGAGGAAGCGUGAAUUAUACAGGGUCUUAAGUUGGAGGGUUGGAAAAAAGCUCUCAAGUUUUUUUUUUUUUUUUUUUGGAAACUUUGUUGAUUGACCUUGCAGUAUUCGUUCGGCGCUUCUGAUGGAUGAGAACUUAAAGACGGUGUCUUCCUGAUGUUGUCUCCCUCUUAUGUUAUUUGAAAGCACCUCAGUGAAGCACACUCUAAACUUGGUUGAAUUCGUUGCUCAAACACAGCUGUGGGAAUUUUCUGAAGUGGGCCGUCACACGUCACGGAUGUGGUUACAGAUAAACAUCAGAUUGUCUGUUCUCAGCAUUUUUCAGCCUUGGACGGGUUCCCAUGGCCGUUCAUUACUGUUGAAAACCUGUUUGUCGAGUUUUCAGUCUAAAGUCUGAUUGUCAGCAUCAGAUAGUAGAGAAACGAUGAGAUCCCUUCAUUUCGUUUCCUUUUUUUUUCAUACAGGUGUCCCAAGGCCAAGCUUCACUUACAAUUAAAGUGAGCUGCAACCCUUUGAUAACUGAGAUUAUAGCAGGAAGCACAGGUCUAAGCUGUGAAUGAGGAGUCUAAAGUAUGUAGAAAAAAAAAAAACAUACAGGAUGAACAAGAAGGCCAUUCAUAUUUAAAUGGAGUAUCUUUUAAUGAGCUUCUUUAAAAAGAAUCAAUAUUGGAGCUGUAGGCACACAGACCCAGGGUCUGAGUGCAUGGUGCAAAUUGACCUUUUCAAACAAAUAGGAAAGAUGUGGUUGAAGAUAAAAGACAACAGUGAUGUAACCAGGGAGGUCACUCAUGAAAAAAGGUAUUCACAAGGGCCAAACCGUACUUUGGGACCCUCGCUCCUGUUGAAAGGAAAGCACUGCAUGAGAACAUUCAUCAUGCCCCUCAUCCCUGCAAAACCCACAGACUUUUCUCGCCACCCACAGCACACAACCCUGCUCGCUCAUCAUUGAUUAGGCUUUGUGUGUUUGUUUUUGUUUGAAUAUGAGCUUAUGUUCCUCUUCCUCUUCCUCCCCACUCCUCCUUCUCCCCCUCCUGUCUGUUUUUUUAUCCCUCUUUCUCCCAUGCAUAAAUACUACCUCCUCCGGGUGUUCUUUGAACAACUUAGCCAGGCAUUAGCUGUCGGAGAGGGGCCUGGCGUUUGCGAGGGAAUGCCUGAAGAGAGGACGUGUUUGAUCCUGAGAUAUAUGUCCUUGAUUCAGUCUCAGCUUUGCCAGCCACCAGGCACCCCCCCGCAGCUGCUGCCAAGCAUUUCCUACUAUGCAUCGGUAUUCUCCUGCCUCCCACUGUGAUAAAAGCUAUUACACUGGGAGGAGGUAGCCGUCUCAUUGUGCUGAGCUACCCGCUGCACUAAACAAUCCAGACCUAUCCCCUUAAAUGUACCACAAAAAAGCUUUAAAUGAAUAAUUGUAUGUUAAUUUAUCAGAUAAUAGCAGUGAAAUGUUUUAAUUGGUACACAGCUACAUUGCUCAGAUAUACUGCAAUAAUGAUGUACUGCUUAAACAGAAUGAAUACAAGUUUGAUGGGACACCGCUGGCCUAAGUUCACCCCAAAUACAUGGGUGGUCCCGGUUUGAUUCCCACCCGCAGCUCCUUUCUCCCUGAAGUAAAUCUUACAAAGAAAAGGUUAGUUGCUAAUCACCAUUUAAGUCACAACAGAAGCACAAUUUUCUUGUUCUGGGUGGAUUUGAAGUGAAGAAGUAGGCCAUCAAACUGAGAGAUACAGAACCUGCAGCAACAAAGAAUACAGCAAACCAACACUUUCAAAAUACCCCCCCAUACUGCAACCUCCUGAAAUGAUGUUGACAAAACAUACCGGCCAACUGCAGAGAACAACCUGUUUUCCCAGCAUUGCUCUGUUUGAGAAUCACAACAACAUCAGAUGCAGUAAUACACUUGAGUAAUGUUCUAAUUUUCACCAAAACAAUUCUGUGAAAAAGAGGAAGGGAAUAUAAACUCACGAGGUCUGUUUGAAGCGCUGCAGAAAUAUCACUGUUUUUUUUUUGUUAUUACUCGGGGUCUACGUCCUCGUGAAACUACAUUCAGGGCUGAAUUAAUAAUAGAUUCAGGAGAAAACAUCAGUUUUUAUAUAACACCUAAUCAUUUCCAGUUUCAAAUAGUGGCAACUGUAAGGUUUACUUGAACAGUGAGUACCAUAGUCAGUUAUAUUUUUUGCUAUGUGUGAAGCCAGAGGAUAAAACUGCUCUCCAGUCCACACUGUAAACUGUGUUUCUGAGAAAAACAUCCACCCGAGUUUUAAAUCCUCCUUUUACCUGCUUUUAUUUUGUAGGAUGGUAACUCUAAGAAGUCAUGAGAUAUUUACCAAACACUCAGCUCAGUCAGAGAGGAGACUUUCUCAUCUGUGCAGUUCAAAUAUUUAGUCGCCCUGAUUGGUUGAGAAUUAAGGGUAGGGGUGGGGGGGGUGGGGGCGGGGUAAGAAGGGGGAGGGGACGCAUGGAUCAGCUGGUCUAGAUAGCAGUCGGGGAGGAGAUUAAAAAACACAAUACCACACACACACACACACACAACAUGUGCGCAUAAACACACACUGCGAGCUCCCUCAGGUGAACAGGUGCAGUCAUGGUCUGUCACAGAUGCUCGGCGUGAUUCGUCAGCUGCCAUUCCUCCUGUCCACCUUGGGUAGGUUGGUGGUGGUGUGGGGCGUGUGUGUGUGUGUGUUCGGGGGGGGGUAAAUAUUCACCACAACACAACCUCAAAACACACAAACAAACUCACAUUAUCCUGCAUCACUCUCCAUCUUCAGAGGCGGCUUUGCCUGUACGCUCAGCUGUCUAAUAGCCACCCAGGUGUGUAUGAUGGUAGAACGAUUCACCCUCUUUGUAAUGGACGCUUAAUCACUUUGUGUUUGUAGCUUUUUUACUUUACCACACUGCGAGUUUUUCCUCUUUCUGCUAUACUGUUAGCCUGCAUGUACAGCUCUCUCCUUCUCCCUCCCUCUCCGGGAAGCAGAGUGUGUGACAGAGGGACAUUAAUCACAGGGCUGGGUAAUAAAGCGAGGAGGGAUGGGCAUGUAGGGCCAGGGGGGGCAGGCGUCUGGAGGGAGAAAAGGGUGUUUAGGGAAAUCACACCAUGCUUUAUGACACACACUGAUACACAAGCACACUUUUACAGCCACAGGUUUAGGUGCACAUCCUUCAUGCAGCAUACAGAAAGCUUCCAGCCUGAAAGUUUGAAAAAUUAGAUGGAAGGAAGCAGAAAAAGACUCACAACUUAGGUUUUCAGGAAACUCUGCCGUUUACUUUCUAUUAGCCGGCGUUAAAAAGGAGGUCUUUGCCUUCUGGCUCACCCGUGUGGCCUUCAUUAAUUAAGAGUUAAUUUAGUAAAAGACUUUUCUCUGGAACAAAAAUAGAAAAAAUGUUUUUAAUAAUUUGGAAAGAAAUGAGAGGUAUUUUACAGCUCAGUAGAAGAGGCUCUUUCACGUUUUCUGUGAUGGUGAGAAACCUGUGGGAGGUUUUCAGGAUGCUGAUAUCUCCCUGUGAUAUCAGAUGGUGAUAAAAUGCAUCUGUUUGAGCGUGAUUACCAGCUAAAUGACAGAAAACAGUCUUUAGGAGUCCACUGGGUUUUAUUACAUUGAGGGUUUUUUUCUGCUUCUGCUUUUAUUUGUGACCCCUCUGGGUUAUUGGAGUUUUUUAAUAUCAACAUCAUUUGUGUUGACAUUUUACAGUGACCACAGGGUUGUGGAUCAUACCAAGUAGUAUUGGGGUUGAUUUUGUGUGUGUAUGUGUGCCUGUCUCAGUGUGUCCCAAUAUUAUUAUUUUGUGUUUGUUUACUAUCUGUUCAGACUAAAUUUGCAUUGUUUUCUUUCAGGAGUUUCAAGAAAGCAAUUUUUAUAAAUCCGUUAUGAUGGAUAUUAAGUGAGACAUAAUAUAUAGUCAACAGGUGGUGAUGCAAACGAGGAUUUUGACAGGGUAAGCAGGACGCCAAUGGGAACCAGAGGAUGUCAUCGCAAUUGUAAUAUAAAUAAAACAAACAUCACAAGUUUUAAUAUUGUGACUGUCACUGCCACUUUGGGUCACUUUGGAGCAACCAGCAACACAGAGAUGACCUCGCCAUCUCUGCUGCAAUUGCCUGGAUUGCAGGACAGAAGGAAACUACACGAUGUAGGACGCAAAUAGAAACUACAUUUUGUGUCAACCGACAGGGGCGAAAUGUGCCAGAACCUUUUUCACAGACUGAUUCAUUAUGAUGUGUGAUCAGGUUGCAGAAUUAAGUAUCAUGAUAUCUAUGAAUUAGGUCAGAAUGGUAAUAUCUGAUUGAUCAGAACUCGAGAAGAAGAACUUUAUAUUUUCCAGAGGGGAAAAAAAAAACUAUUUCUGAGUUUUUGAUCUAAAGUAUAACGUUGUAUGUAUAAAAUAAAUACCCUUAGUUGUCAUCUAUACCCUUAGAAAUAUAUACAGAUAUACAGAAUUCCUAUUCAGUGCACAAAGGAUGUUUUAACACUGAAAUCUCCAACUGCUUUUUAUAAACAGAAAUUUCAAAACACAUCACACACAGCAGCGUUAAAUAGUUAUUACAAAUCCUAUAACAAAUCCAACCCACUUUCUGUCUCCUUUUCUCAGUUCAGUCCAGUUUCCUUGAUAAUUUUAACUUCAUGACUAGCCAUGCCAUCAAAGCCCUCCAUCAGUUGUUGCCAGGGUAUUACAGGCAGACUUGGGGGAACCUCCCAGGGACAGCCUAAUGUGCAGUUCUCGCCCUCUUGCUUUAAAUACACUGGCCAUUCACUACAAACUAUGUUUUAGACGAUCUACUUUGAUUUUAAAUGGAAUUCAUUAUUGAAAUUAUUCAUUCAAAUGAUACAUAAUUCAUUCUGCGAGAACUGCCUCUGAAAAUGUUCCAGUCUCUCCAAAGAGCUGCAUGUAGGAACAGAUUUUUACAUUUUAGAUAAGGAACAUCACUGGUACAGAGAGGAAUGAACAAAUCUUUCAUUCAUUCAUCUUUUAUUUUUACUGCCCUCUUUAUGCUGAACACUGUCUAAUGCUGACAAAUAAUGCAGUGAACAGGAUCAUUUCCCCCUUUUGUGGGGAUGUUGAAUUAAGGUCCGUCUAAAGUGCUAAGGGUUUCUCUGACAUUGUGUCCUUUUGCCUUUAGCUCAAACAUUUCUUAGGGCGGCUUUGCUACUUGUGUAACUGUUUCAUGUGCUUUUAGCGGUAAAGAUAACUGGCAGCUACACAGCUAUCCCAUCUAACUCAUUGUUACCCAGUCUUGCUAUUUUGCCCUACAGCAAGUCAAUUAACCCUGCCAGAGGUGCUAAGAUAGCUGUGUCUGUGGGCUUUAAAAAAAGGCGUCUACAAGUACAAAGAGUGUGCUGAGUUAAUUAAACGUCUUUUGUUGUCAAUGGAGGUGUAAUAAAUAUCUGAUUUUAAUCAGACGUUCGGGUCAAGUGUCUACAAUGGGGCUGCAAAGACACAAACAUCAACUGUGCCUCCCUCCUGACAAUUCAAUCAGAGUCUCAGUGACACUUUCUUGGUAAAUAAAGUGGAAUUUGUGUCUUUCUUUUUUUUUUUUUUUUGGUGCCUAAUACAUUUCAGUCACGCUUUACACUGAGUACUCUGGCUGCAUAUCAUUGCAUCGUCCUUUGUCUCAUUUCCAUUUGUUCCCAUUUGGUUAAGGGCCAACAUAGAUAUUAUAAAGCAUGCUGGGUAUUUUGAAGGCUGGUAUGCAAGAUGAAAUUUAAGGACACAUUUUUCUAAAGCCAAACAAUAUCCGUGCACAUAGAUAGCAGACUUGAUAAAAGCGAGAGCUCCGAAAGAUAAAAUAGUGUCUGCCUGUUGUAAACAUAGAUUGAUAUCUUGAGGUUGGCGCUAUCUUGGGGUUUUGACUUUACGACAAAUACUACUUUUGUUGUAAGGACACGAAAGAAAAAAGUAAUGAUGGAUGGGGGACAUCUACAGAGAGGAUAUCAACAGAAAACAUAAGGGUGGAUGAAACUGAGGGUGCAUUAGCCCAUCUUUGAAAGAAUAUUGGAACAGUGAUGGAAAAAAGCUUGAGUCUGCCUGUCAUUUUAGCAGGUCAGAGGACGAUCCAUCAUACCAUAUGGUAAUACUCACACUGCAAUUCUCGCAAGUCUUACCCUUGUAAUAUGGGAGACUUCCACAAAAGUGUUUGCUUCACCACAAAAAGCUGCCACACAGCAGAGAAUAAUCGUACUAUUGUAUGCAGUACAGGCGGUUGGAGAAGCAGCAUCAGUCUGCAUCUGGGUCCUUCCCUUUCCCCAACACACAUAUGUAUGGACAGCAAAGAGGGUAGACGACUGUCCAACAACUGAACCCAACCUUGAUACAACCAUCUCACUCAAAUUAACUGUUGAGUUUGGUCAAAAUAACACUAAAGCAACUUAUCAAGUCCCACUGAGGGUGGCUAGCAUAUUGGUGCUAACCUAAGUAUAGUGAUAGACUUUCACUGGCAAAUUCAAACAUCUACCAAACUAAUAUCACUCCACACUGUCGAGUGCUGGGACCACUACAAAGGUGAUAAGUUCUAAGAACAAACAUCCUGCUUUAAACAAGAAGUGGGCUUAACGUUUGUUGAAAUACCGAUCCAGUGAAAGCCAUUGACCUUUAUUGACUGGUUAAUGGCACAUUAUGACAGAGUUCCAAUCGGUCAAAGCAGCAGACAGUUUGAAAGCCUGAUGCAACUUCUGGGUGAUAUUUGCAAGUACCAAAUAGCAGAAAAUAGUACAGCGAACUCUAAUAACGCUGUUUUCUUAUUUUUAUUUGUAUUGAUUUUAUAUAUUGAAAAAUGGCAGUAUGAAUCAGAUUAUUGAAGCUUCAUUAUAUUAUUAAACCAUAUUUAUACCUGUGAGUUGAUGUGAACUGUAUUUAUUUAUUCUUAUUUGUCAUGCUCUAUCUUUGUAUCAGUAUGAUUUAUCCUGAAUCAUGCUCAGCCCUGACAGAAAUAUUGGAGAGACUGUCUGUGCCCCUGGUAGCCAAAUCAUCACAGGCAAAUAUGUCCUUGGUGGAGGCUUCUGUUGCCCAACCCAGAGAGCAAGUAGAGCCCUGUUGAAGAGACAAAGAAAGAAAGAGAGAGGGAGGGAUGAAAGGAGAGAGGGGAGGGAGGGAGGGAGGGAGGGGUGAAUGUCACCCUUGCUCUCAUAUGUCAUAUUGUUAGCCAUAGAUAUGAGGAGAACGCCUCAAGGUUGAACGUGCAGCUGAGACAUGAAUAAUCUAUCAGAGGUUUCCUCCGACUAAAUAGAGGGAAAUAUGUCUGCAUGGAUUAUUUAUGCUUUAAUAUGCACUCGGUGAAUGGACAAUCACCUCUGAGAGCAUGAAGACAUCGUAGGGGCCAAGUUAAUUGUGUGUGUCUGGGCUGCAUGCGACUUGACUGUGGGAGAAGCAGUGGUCGUCCCGCUGUUCAGCUUGGUUACACGUAGAGUCUAUGUUGGUGAUGGAUUACAGUAAUAGCGUGUUCUGGUUGGGCAGCGUGUACGAGUUUGUAUUAUGUACAUAGUGUACAGGCUUUCAUCCAUAUCAUCGAUCUUUGCGCUUUGACAUGUUGUUUCUACUUUCUUACUCAAAUCUAAAAUCACUCUUGCACAGACACACACAAAUGCUCCACGGCGCGUGCAGCGCUGCUCGGCCCCCCCACACACCAUUUAAAUGUAGUCCAUUUCAAACUGGUCCAGCCUCUGCUUUCCCAGCUCACCUUAUUUCCUCUUCAGAUGACUGCCUCGACAUGGGAAAUGUCAGGCUCUCUCUCUCUGCCUGUGCUGUUUGGCUUCUUCAAACAUUUGUGAAGUGUUAAGCUCAUCUCUGCAGCUUAGGAGGGCAGUCUCUCAGGAAUCAAGGCUGCUGACCCGCAACACAGCACAGACAGCCUAGCCAAGUGCACUCAAGCAUAUCCACUCCGCGUGCUUAUUUGCAUCAACGAAAGAUUGUAUUAGUCCCAAGUUUGUGGUCUUUUAGAGUAGCACUCUCGCCAUGCUACAAAGGUCCAUGCAACGCAUAAUGGAAUUGAUGGGGUGGCUUUAUAUCACCCCCAACUGUAAUCUUAUCUUCUCACAUGAAGUUGAAAAUAAUACUCUUCAGCUCUGAGUAGCCUCAUUUCAAAGUGCACGGCCAUGUUGUAGUUCAAACAUUUCUGCGUGCCACUUGAGUUUCCACAUGAUCAUUGGGCUGUGCAAACAUCAACAGCAGGAAUUAAGCUCCUAUGAAUAGACUUGCCUAAUUCCUUUUAACAAAGAAAGCUGUCUGCAUAAUGUUGCCGUUUGUUUUGUUCUAAAAAAAGCUCAUUUUGCCAUGACAAGAUGGUGCUGCAUUGCUAUAGGGAAGUGUGGUGUUUGUCUGCAGCGUUGGGCUCUGCAAACAGACAGAGAUGCAUCCCAUAUCUCAAAACCAAUAUGCAAAGUGGCUUGAGCGACUGCAUUUGGUUCUGGGCCUGUGCAAACAAACUAUGGAUUUAGGUGGGCUGCAGUGUUAAAGGCUGUUUGGUUACUGCAGUCUUUGGUGUGUUUGCCUGUGAGUUUACACUUCUUGUGAUUAUUGAUGGAGACCUUGUUAAGCACAAUGCUGAAACGUGUCAGGUACAGCACUUAAAAUCGUGUUGAAAAAAUGUAAUUAACAGCCAGUGUUUGAUGUCUUUUCACAGAGGUGGUGUUUCUGGGCACUUUGUCACAUGAUUAACCGUCUGAUGUAUGGAUGAGGACGAGUAAUAAGGAAGCCGUUGUACCAAUUUCACACGUGGUUCCUCAGUGGUGAGGAUUUUGUAUUUCAGUGUAUCUCCCUUGGUUUCAUCCCAUCCAGCCAAUGGAAAAAUUCCAUUUAUGGGACAACAGAUGCUCUGUUUUUUCCCCUCUCUCUAUUUUUCACUUCAUGCCCAAGAGGAAGAAAAAAAUCUGCUCCUCUUUUCAUUUUAUUAUUAUUAUUUUAACCAAGUUCUGGAUCUGUUUGACACAGGCAUGAACACUCCCAUAAUCAGCCAGAGUGUGCAUCCUCCUGAAUAGAGAUGAAAGAAGAGAAUACACACUCAAAAACACACACGCUUAUACACACAUGCUUGUGCUGACGACAACAACAAGGAGCACGCAAAUAAACAGGCACAAACACACAGGGAAGAAGCACAAGCCAUUUGGCACAGUCUCACUGUCUAGGGAGGGCUUCAAAGCCCACUGACAUGAAUUUAUGAUAACGGCACUAUGCCUUUGCCAAACCUCAACUGUUGUUGUUUUUCUCUCGCUCCCUCUCCAUCCCUUCUGUAUGCUCUGCCAUCCCCUUGAUCAGAGCUUUGGAAAAUGCUAGCAGGUGUCCCCCAGCCCCUUGGAAAAGUGUGUGUGUAUGCGAGUGCAAUCUACAGAUUUUGGAAAAGGUCUUCCUUUGCUGGCUCCUCCAAUUUUACAUCAUUUCAUUAGGCUUGGCUCUAUUUCUCCAACUUUGGGAUGCAAUCCUUUGUACAGUUCAGUUUUAUAAUAGUUCUGUGAUUCUAUUACCCUCUCCCUGUGUGGUUUUUACUGUUCUAUGCACACUACUGACAUACAUAUCACUUUCUUCUCCAUCCAUCCCCUCUCCCUUUCUCUCUGUCUGCAGAUGAGGAUUGUGUAAACUGUACAGAAGAAUGCAGAGUUCUGGGUCAUUCCGACCGCUGUUGGAUGCCCCAGUUCCCCGCCGGAGGAAGCCAGGCAGAGGGCGUCGACUACCGCAACAAUAUGUUUGUACCAGCAGGGAUGGAAACGGUGCCGGAGACGGAAACCUACGAGACUGUCAACCCCAAUGGCAAGAAGACAUUUUGUACCUUCGGAAAGGAGAGGCGAGAUCACACCAUCCUUGUUGCCAAUGUCAAGCCCUACCUGAAGGCGAAACGCGCCCUCAGUCCACUGCUCCAGGAGGUUCCCUCAGCCUCCGGCAGUCCUACCAAAGGCUGCUCCACCAUGUCUCCCUGUUCCUCAAUCAAAAGCCCAGCUGACGGAGCUGAAGGCAAACCACCCCCAGCCACCUGCUCUGGUCACUACGGGCCUCCUGACGGCCAGUACCUCUCACCAACCAAACAAAGCAGAGAACAGGGGGUCUACCCACCAUUGCCUCCUUCAGAUCCAGUAGCCAAGGUGCUCGCAGAGGCUCGCUCCAGGAUAAGCCAAGAGGCAGCAGGUGAGAUGGAGUCUGUCCUAGAGCAGGUGGAGCCUGGGAACGCAAACCGUGACAGAAUGGACGCUGACCAGGUGGUGAGAGACAUCGACAAACUAUUGCAGGACUGCAGAGGAAGUGAGGCCACUGGCACACUCAGGAAGUGACACAAAGAACUGAAAAGGAAAAAAGUGGGGAGGAAGAGAGAGGGAUAGGAUGCUAUUCCAUAAACUCUUAUGCCAAAACUUUCACCAAAACAAAUCAGAAAGGUUAAAUGGCUCUUAUGAUGGAGCUUUUUUCACUGUAUUUGUUGUUGAAAAGUACCGACACUGGACGGAACACAGGAACAUUAAUAAUGUCACAGAUUUCAGUCCAGUUUUGGUGCUGAGACUCUUACCAACAGACACGAACUUGGUACAGGUCAUCUGGAUUCUACCGAAUUUAUAAACUCUUUGUUUUGGAUUCUUAAGCAAACUGCAGAGGCUUUUGCUUCUGGCACCUCGUAAAACUAUUAUCUAAGUGCCCACCAGCUCAUAAGUGUGUUGUUCAUGGUCUCUUGUGAAACCCUACAUAUCCAAGUGUGUGUAGGUGGAUUUCUGUUAUGUGUGAUGGCCAUAGAAACUGAAUGCAGAAGGACUUUUAAUGGUCAGACACGACAAUCGAACAGAGAAAUUCUAAUCUAUUCGGGACGGUGAAAACAUGAAACAACCUUAUCUUUUCUGACUUCAAUGUUGGCGUAAAACGUGAUGGAUCUUGUACCUGAACACGAGGACAGAUUGUUGGAUCGGGGAGAGGGGGGGGGCGUUCGCUUGGGUUGGCUGUGGACUCGGGGGUCGUAGGGGCUUCGAUGCUUCGCUGAAGGAGAAUUAUUAACAGUGUAACCAUUGUUUCACCUGUCAUUUGUAGCCACAUGUGUAAGUUGUGUCUGUCUCACGCCUCUAUUUAAACAUUCAUGUUGCUGACCGGUGUAGCUGCACGCACCAAUUUUACACAUGUGCACUACGCUUUUGCGCAUCCACGUGCUGACACACUCACAUGCACUGAUACUCCAAACACACACACACACACGCAGACACAUAGAUACACAAACUUAUGCUUAAACACAAGUGGCCAUCUGUGUAAUUGUCUUCUACAUGAACAUCAUCAGCUUCAGUCCCUUGUGUACAGUGAAUAAUCAUGUGUGUGACUCUGCCUUAAGGCAAUCACAAGUUGUAUAAAAAGGGACAUUUUUCCUCAACUGUGAAAAAAUGAUAUCUAUAUGAUUAUAUAGAUGAUUAUAUGUAUGAUCCAUGUAUAGUGUCCAAAUAUUAACUGAAUAUUUAUACAUUUUUUAAGAAAAAAAAAAAAAAAAGAAAUGAGGAAUCUCAGCAAAAAAGUGUCCUCAAGUAAAGGUCAAGACCGGGGUAUAAACUCAAAGAACUGCAAAGGACACUGCCAUUGUUUCAAAGUACCCAAAAAUAUAAACAAACAACAAAAUGUCCCUUCACAUUAUCACUAUACAUAAUAUCAUUAUAUGUGUAAAUGUAUCCAAUUUAGAUGUGUUUACAUCAAAAAAUUGACAUAUUUUUAUUGAUUUUACUGCAAUUUCUGUGCAUUUGAGCCAAAUUGUUAUGUGUACAAAAGCUAUAUUGUGUAUUUUAUUAAAUUAAUAUAUAGUUGUGUUGCAAUAUACAUGGGCUUAUAUUGUAUUUGGCAAAAGUUGCCUUAGUAGCUGUCGAACUCUGUGAGUUUGCUUUAGUUUGGGUUUUUUUGUUGGUGUUUUUUUUUUUUUUUUUCCUCUCUACUCUGCAUCUUUGCAGGCUGGCUUCAGUGCUUUUGAGAUGUCGCCUCUUUUUACCCUGAGAUCCAGCUGGAUCAGAAACAAUAACUGUUAAAAGCUUAAUGAGCCAGCUGAUCUAGAAUACAAUUCAAAAACCAACAACAAAAAGCAACAACCACAAGAAGAAAAGAAAAAGAAAAAAAAACCAGUUUGAAUAUUUUUACUGAGCAAGAUUUUUACAGGGCAGCUAGUUUUCUUUAACAAUAAAUAGGAUGCGGAUUUUGUGUUCAUUACGUUUUUACAUUCUUUCCAAAAAAAGAAAUCUGCCAUAUGGAAGGUGGAGUGGUUUCCUUGGUGAUCAUAAAACUGCCUUACUGUCUCUGCGGAGAGCUUGUUGUAUCUGUGGAGCUUGUGACUGCUUCUAAAGCCCUGGUCCACCAGAAUGUGCAUUUUCUACAAAGGACCAAAAGAGGUUCUUUUUCAGCAGUCUGUGUUGUUUAUGUAUGUACUCCUUCUCGAUACAUGUUAGAAGUCUCAUUCUUUGCGGGGAAACUUGACAUCUGAAAUUCUAUCUGAAGUUACUUUUGGAUUUGAUGUCUUAGCUGUUUAGGAACACGGUUUAUAUAACCAAGUGUCUUCACAUUCAGGCUUUCUUAAAUAAAAAAUGAUACAUUUAUUUUUGAAAAUCUUGGCACAUUUCGGCCACCCUCUGAAAUAAGGAUUGGAGGUGCUUUUUCUAAUAUUCUCUGUGCGUUAAAUAAGCAGAACAGUAGGCUAUUAGACUAGAUGUGUUCUGGGGGAAAAUGACCAUAAUCACCAAAUCUAUGGAAGACGCAGCCAUGAGAGGGAACAGUGACUUACAUUCAUACAGCUCCUGCUGAGUUCAGUGUCUCUGCGCUGAGUUGGAACCCUGACAGCAGAUAUUACACAACCUCCAAACAUGUCACAACUGAGCACUAUAGUAUUCCUGCUUUUGCUUUAUUUUCCUAAUCGACUUACAUGUUUGGACAUCUUCCUGCCAUCGUGCUGUAUCUUUUGCCUACUUGCCAUCCUUUCUUUCCUCCUUUUUUAUUUGCUUACUUCUCUCCGUGGCUGUUUGCUUUGUCGCCCUGAGGAGCAAAGUAACUGUUAGCUUUUCUUCUCUCUAUCGUCUGUAAAGUAUUUGGUUUCGGUUUACCCGAGCACUUUUUUUCCCUUUGGAGAUGGCAGAAGCUGUUUUUAGAGAGGGCUUGGAAGAUUUGACAGAGGAGGAAAAUAUUUAUGGGUAUUCUUAAAAAAGGUUAUUUUUCUGCUGUGAUCUCCUUCAAAUAUCCUGGAAUAAAUCAAGCAGGCCUGAUAUUAACAUUAUAAACACAGGACAAAUGGUUUAAAUGUGCCGUUCAAAAGUGCAUGCUGCAGGUGAGAUCUAAACAAAACUGCUGCUUUGCACACACCCACACACACAAACAACCCGGGCACUCCAGCAACACACUGCCUUUCAUUUAAAUACAUAGCCCCUUAAAGGUAAAGCAAAGACUGAAAGAGAGGGCAAAAAUACUAUCCAGACAAAUGUGACACUUCCACACUUGUGUUCAUGCUUUAUUUUCUCUCUUUAUCUCAUUGUGCUCAGUCUUCAUGCUGGAUCAAGCAUUCUCUACUCUGCGUGUGUGUGUGUGUUCGUGUGGAUGUGCUUGAUUCCCUUCCAUGUCGACAAAACAAUUCCUUUCUUCUUAUUUAAUUUCUUUUAUCUGCGUGCUAAAGAUUUAAUUCCAACUCAAUAAAACCUACUGCUGUGCUCCAGCUUUUAUUUGGGCAUUAUUUCAGACAAAGAGCAAAGGUCACCCCCAGGAUUGUGUCUGUUACUCAGUCUGGCUGCCACAAACAGUCACUGUCACAUCUAAAGUGCUGUCCCCUCUAAUGGCGUUCCACUGGCUCGGCCGCUGCCUGUACACUCACGACCUGUGGGCACGAAAUGAGCCAGGGUCCAGUAGAUGGAGGGUUCUCUUUAAAGCCAUGGCCCCUCUCUCAGGCUAUUUUCUGUCUAAUAGAGCAGAGGCAGCCGCUGCCGAGGUCAACUCAUAGUUGGAGAUUGAGCGCAAUGUAAGGCCUCUCAUUAUUGACUAAUUACGCCCUGUUGGCAUCAUGGACUGUUGGCAGUGCAUUACUCAGAUCUAGAGUGGGCUAUUUUUGCCCACUUCAGCCUGUUGAUUUUACCGAGUGAUUAGGACAGGGCCUUGUUGAAUGUGGCGAAGCGCCUCUGGUCUUUGACUCACACUGAUGCAGGUGCACGCAGACUCAGACAGCCACUUGCUUAACACACACGCACACACAGACAACAUGCCAUUUUGGUUAGUUAAAACAAGCACCUAAUGUUUGUCAGUGUUGUUACCUCACCCUUCCUCCCUCCCGCUCCUCCUCCUUUCCCCCAAAGCCCACACUGAUAGCAUAGAGCUCCAUGCUACAACGGGCAUCUGGUGCGAAAAAGAUCGCCAGAGACAUUCAUUUGUAUGGAUUAUUUCAACUGCUAUUGUCUUAAGGCUGUGUUCAUUGUGAUCUAUCUGAAAAAAAAGUUGAAAAGAUCGAAUAAAAAAGCAAUUACUAAUAAAAUUUGUUCUUGUCCUUGUAUGAGUUGGUUGAGGAACGGCUAGUCAUGGCUUUGAUUUAAUUUCUCUCCCUCUCCAGAGAUAACCUCGCACACCCCAUAUAUUUUUCUUUGUUCCCUCAGGCAUCCUCACAGCCAAUUUUGCUUUGUCAAAUAAGAUUCACUGUUUACUUUUUAAGUGCCGGAAAAGAUAAAAAUUGGAUUUUUCAAUUGCAUUCAUUGGUUUUCAAAUGCACAUGGGUAUGCGCUUUUUUUUCCUUGUGCACACACACACACACACACACACACACACACACACACACACACACACACACACACACACACACACAGACUUAAAAUUUAGCUUUGAGCAAAUGAUUCUUCAUUCAUAACAUUAGUUCAGAUUUUUGCCACUCCAAAGAUUACUGCUCCAGCUAUGUUUUUUUUCCUAAUUGCUUAGAGGCAAAUAAAUGUGUUCUUGAAAUUAUGUGUACUAAUGUUUCUCAGAUAAGAUGUUGCACUCUGCUCUUCAGCUGGAUUCAUUUUCAGAGGCCAAUUUGAAGUCUCUCCAAUACUAGCCCGUGGUUAGAGGAGUAUACUGUAUGACUGCUACUUGCUUAUUCAUAUCUGCUUUGAUUAAUUUGUAAUUACAGGGUAGUAGGUGUUAGAAUGGAGGAUGCUCUGGCAGUGGAGGAUGUGACCUCCCUCAUGGCAUUCAGCCCCCAAAGAAGAGUAAAUCAACUUGUUCAGAGCUGGCUGCUGCUUUAAAAAUUGGGGCUCUGGUUUUAAUGCUUAUAUAGUGUCUCUUACUGUGGCUGACGAGGAGGGAUGAUCUGCAGCAGCCCAAUGAUUGACAUCAGGAGAAACAUGCUGCAAAUGUGCAAACUCGAAAACAAACGCAGAAAUCCGAGACAAAUGCAAGAGGAAACAUCGAAGUGCAAAUGAAAAAAAGAAACAUGCUGCAAAAAGCCAAAACAAUUGCAUUUGCAGCAAGUGCUGUGAAGUCAAAAACGCACUAAAUCAGAGAACAGCUGCAUAAGAUAAACACUGCAAAUCCAGACUUUAAAAUGGAAGUGAUUCAAAUAUGUGGGGGUGUUGCGACGCAGCUUCAUCACUGAAAAAAGAAAAGGGAACAUCAGACAGUGAAUUUAUUGUUAAAUAGAGAAAGUGGCCCAAUUCCAGAUCAACAAGCAAUAUUAAUAUUAAUAUUAAUAUUAAUAUAGCCAGGAGAUUUAAGGACAAUCUGAACUCUGAGACAAACGGUUUUAACAACUUAGGGAAACAGUUCUAGUAUAACUGAUAAAUUCCAGACGUCCAAAUAGUUUUAUGUGGUUUUGUGACUACACUGAAUCAUUGGACAUCUUACGAAAUCAGAUAAGUAAUUAACCAGAUACUCAUUCACGAAAACCAAAUCCUGCAUCACAUCAACCUUCUCUUGGAGCGAGCGCUGUUAAAUAGAAGAAAACUUUUCGUGUAUGCAAAUAUAAAAGUAAUUUGCUGGAAAGCUUGUCUCUUGCGUGUGCACUCAUCUAAAGAUCCAUCUUAAUACACUUUCAAUUUUGUAGAAUUAACUGGGAUGGUAAUGGAAGUGCUAAGUGUGCACAAAAAAUUAAUUUUCCAAAAAAGAACUAAUUCAAAUACAUCAAGAUAAAUUAUUCCAGGAAUUAUUUAUAACUUGAAGAGGACUCGAUCAAAUUAAUUUUCAUUUUGACCACAGAGGGAAUGUUUUACUGAUUUGCAGACCAUUGGUAUGCACCAUGGUUUUAUUCUGUUUGUAUCCAACCAGUUGCCUCGAGGCAGAUAAUAAUUAAAAAGAUAGCAGAGGAGUGCUCUUCAAAUCACAGUUUUUAAGGAGUGCAUGGGUUACAUGGAGGCUUACUGGGCCCAGUGCAAUAGUUUCUUUAAACCAAUACUUCUCUUGCAUAAAUAGUGUCCUCUCUGUUCCACAGUAGCAAACAUGUAGGGAAAAAAAUCUGAAUUAAUCAUCUCAAAUUCACCAAACAAGAAAAUAAUCAUGCAGUUUUACUUGGUUCUGAAAUAUUGAAGUAUUUUAUUUUGCACUGAGUGAGAGGUUUCAGAAUGGCACCAGAUAAAACAGAGAAAUUUUAUUUCUGCAUUUUUAUCAAGGUCCUUGAUUCAAAUGACUGUGCUAAUAGGAUUUAAUAAAGUAUGCUCUAUAUCGAGCUGGCUAAAAGGGCAAAUGGAGUGAAGAUCUUUUCAACAUGAAGAAGAAAAGGUAUUCAUCAUAUUCAAGUUAAAGGACAAGGGUUUCCUUUCAUUUGCGGCAGUGUUUGAGGAGGGAAGGCAAAUUGAAAAACGUGAGCAUGUGCGUGACUUCAGUAGCAAGAGAAAAGCAGAGAGUAGGCUCAGGCAGACGAUGUAUGCACGUUAGUUAGCGUGAAAGAGAGGUGGGAAUAUGAAUGUUCAUUUCAAAACAGGAACAGUCAUGCAUGUCAGGUUGGAUUUGAUGCCACCCAGAGAGGAAAAACAUAUAAACAAAUACAGGAGGAAGCUAUGGGCACAGAGCUGGAGUUGGUGUUUAAGAGAAUCACUUGUAAUCCAGGAGAAGAAGAAAUGACACACAAUCAGGGCAAAGACAAUGCCUGCAUAAUGUCACAUAACAAACACGGUGUGAAUGUGCCAAGUCUCCAAAACAUCUAAUACAACUAUUUAUCUUGACUUGUCUAGAAGGCCAUCCUCUAUUCUGUGUCAUCAGGAAACUGAAUUUUACACAUUAGAGCAGAGCAAAUCACGUCUUUUUGGACAAACUGUAAGGUAGCGUGGAUACAGAAUAAAGGCCCUAAAACUAACAUAUGUUUCCUAUAUUAAAACAGUCCAGGAACUGAGGACUGUACCCGACACCUCAUACCGCCAGUUCUCUUUAACAUUCAAGCCCUCCGCCGCAGUCACCUCGGAAUGAAGCGGGCUGUUAAGUAUUCAAGUGUUUCUGACCGGAAGCGGAAUAGAAAGCAGGUGAAUAAUGGCUCCAGACAGCCUCUGUGAAGGGGGCCAGCCCGCAUCAGGGAGGGAAAAAUGCUCGAUGAAAAGGUCAAUAAGCAACACGGGAAACUUAAUAUGAAGUAGACAUAUAAUUUCCAUCACAUAGAUUAGAGCCCCUGGCAAUGUGCUGCACUGACUGACACCGCCAAAUCAAUUCACUUGUAUCCAGUGUCUGGUAUGUGAGGCACCAAGGAAGCAGGAGGACCUUUGAGUAAAUGCCACCUGGACUUGAAAACCGAUUCUCUCCACUUAUUUGUUCGUUGAAUUAUUUAAAUAAAUAUAAAACUAACUUUGGAAAUUUCAGUUGUUGUGUCUUGUGUAAUCUGACAGUCUUAUGGCAUCUUGCCGUCGUGGUGACGCAUUGAGGGUACUUCCUGAUGUGUUGCAGCGUAUUAGUCACUCGUUUCAUUUUAAUUUGCACAGACAUGAGCUGGUUCCCCCCAAUUUUAAUAUCUUCAGACAUUUCUUCACCUAAAGCA